AUGGAGGCAUAUUGGUAUGGUGCAUAUCGAGACAUAUUGGUCUGUCUCUCACCGAAAAGACAGCAACAACAACAACAACAACAACAACAAUAUGUGAGCGCUCUCUCUCUCUCACGGGCGGGACCUGGCCAAAGCAGAAGUAUGUGAGCACAGCCAACCUCUGCUUCCCAUCAUUCCCAUCCGUCCUUUUGGUUGUCUGAGGGGUUGUCUGAGAGGGGAGAGAUCAAAGCUGAGAAAUGCCCAUUGAGCUUAAUUAAUAGGUUGGGUUGGGGAUAUCUUUAAUCAUGAGACAACUAGGAUGCUUGUUCAUUUGUUUUAUUUAGUUUUCUUCUUUUUCUUUCUUUUAGGAUUCUUCUGCCCUUCAGUCUGAAGAGUGUCCUAGUAGAAGACCCUUACCCUUAUUUCCUAAUUACCUCCAAACUAGGCCUGACUCUCAAGUGGAAUUGGGGUGACACUCUCCUAGUAUGAAGCUCCAGUUAGUUGGAUUUGUUUUAGUGAAUUUUAAUACAUGUAAAAUGUGUUGAGUAGCCACAGUCUUCACACACUGCCAUCUUCUAGUGAAAUUAUGAACAAAGGGGAUACACAUAAAGCUAAUUUAUUUAUAUAAAUAAUCAUUUUGUGAGCCCUGGAAUUACGUUUGGAGUGAGACAAUCACACAACUCCUUUCUGGUUCUACUGUUGAGAAUGUCAGGAAGAUGGCAAAGUUUUACUUAGUAUCUCUGACUUUAUCACUAGAAUAGGAAGCCACACAACCCAACACCAGCUUGUGUGCUUAAAAAUUGACUAAUUACGGCCUAAUUGUGGCACAGUCAUUUCUUUCCCCCUUGCUAUAUAUAUAUACAUACACAUUGUUUAAAAAUAAAUAAGAGGAGUAUUUAAUUCCAUGUUCAGAAAGAGAAUUCAAUGGAGUAAAUACUAUCCUCUGUGUGGUAAUACCACUGCAGCAAUUGUGCUCAGUUUCCAACGGGGAAGCCAUCAUGGUGUCCUCUAGAUGUUGUAGACUACAUUUGCCUUCACCCCUGACCAUUGUCCAUGCUGGCUGGGGUUGAUGGGAGAUAUAGUUCUAUCUGGAGGGCAGCUCAAGCUGAGACCGUACUAUGCAUUAUAGUUAUGAAGGUGUCUGUAUAUAUGUGUGUUUAAAAUGUUUGUCUUUUUGCCUAUUUUUUCUUAGCUGGAUUUAGAAGAUACUUACAAAGGGAAAACAUGUGGUUUGUGUGGAAACUAUGACGGCAAUGAUAAAAAUGAUUUAUUCCUGCAGGGUAGGAUUUUUUAAAUUGGCUAUUAUUAUUAUUAUUAUUAUUAUUAUUAUUAUAAGAAACCAUCACAUUUGUAUCCUAACCAUUUUCAAAAGAUCUCAGGAAUUGUGGAUGGAUUUGUGGAAAUAUUUCCCCAUUUUACCCUCAAGACAACAGAGAUCAUGACUGGCCUCAGCAGUGAGAUAUAUAGCUGAGAUACAUACAUACAUUUGGGGUAAAAUCUAAUCACUGUCCUUGGUAAGGUAGCCUAGGGUGAAAUAUUGAGUGAAUCUGGGCUGAUAUCUGAACUAAACAAAGGAGGAUGUGAAUUUGUCACUCAGAACUCUUAUUUCACAUGUAAUAAGGUAUUCCUCUUGGCAUUCUAAGCAAUACCAUCUAUGUACAGGCUGACUGGAAGAUAUAUGCCUGCUUCCUUUUUUCUCUUUAUGCAGAGCAAUUGUACACACUGUGAGUACAGAUGCAACUAUUUGCUUAUUUAUUCAUUUGUAAAAUAAAUUAAACUAUAACGGUACAAACUAUAUGCUUUAAAUCAUGGAUGGGUGAUUGCUGGGUUCAAAACUGAGAGUAAGGCUGUAAUCCUAAACCCGCACAUUGACCCUGCACAGUAAAGUCCUAUUACUGGUGGGAUUUUACAGGCUAUCCACUAUUCCCAUGGCAGUUUGGAAACCUUCAGAAAGUAGAUGAUCCAACAGAGAAGUGUUCCGAUGUAAUGGGAGACAAAAGAAAGCAGCAAGACAACUCUCAACAGCAAGAUAAAUGCAAAAAUAGAUACGUAAGUUGCACUGUUCAUGGUAUGUGAACCCUGCCUUGCUUUCCAUUUGAUCCCUCUAAGGGCAGCAGCUCCUCACUGCAAAUGUUUCCCUAUUCACUUUAGUGGAUGUAAUUGCUCCACACAUGCAUAAAGCUAUAUACAUGGAACUUCCCCCUUCAAUGAAGUUAGCAGAGGUGAUAGUGUUCUCAGCAGCAGAUAGACAUACUUUGACCAGGGAGCCAGAACCUCACAUGUUAAGUAUCAAAGCAGCGCCACAGAAGUCAGUAAAUUUAUGGUACUGAUGCUAUACAUGUAAGAUCUCCAAUCUCCCCCUCUCUCCCCACUACUUUCUCUCUUUGACAGAAAUCUAAGUGCAAGGAAGCCCUAUCCCACUUUGGGAAUUGUAAGAGGGUGGUUGCUAUCGAUGAUUAUAUAGCCAUCUGUAUUCAAGAUAUGUGCAGCUGUUCUGAGAAAUCUUCUCCUUCUGACCUGGUUGCCAGCUGUGUAUGCAGCACUCUCAGUCAGUACUCCCGGGACUGUGUCCGCAAAGGUGGAGACCCUGGAAAAUGGCGAUCCAAGGAACUCUGUUGUAAGUAAAGAAAGAUUGACCUUUAAUUUAUUUAACAGCGUGCACACACGCACACACGCGCACUGAAACAACAUGUUAAAAUUGCAUGUCUGAGUAGACUUGCCUAAACAGAAAAAAGAUUUAUCAGGUGCUGAAAACAAUGCAGCAAAUGUGGCAGUCUAAUAUCAACGGGCAGGGAGUUCCAGAGUAUAGCUGCUGCCACACUGAAAGAUGGAUUCGUGUAGAACGAAGAUUAUGUGGCAUUUGUAAAAGUGCAAGUUUCACAAUCAAAGUGGUAAGGUGGAUGAAUAUUAUGCAAUGUGAUUCUUUACAUAGACUUGUCCCAAGCAGAUAUGGGUUUAUUAUACUAAUAGGAACAGCUUAAAUUCAAUAAUGUCCAAACUCUGCCAGCUUAACAACAAAUAGGUUAUCAGAAGGAGUUCCUAAUAACUGGUCUCUCUUUCCCAAGCAGGCAGCAGCAGUAUGAAGUCACAAUGGUUAGUCUUUCUUCAUGAAGUAGGCAACACCAGCAUGAGGUCACAAUGGCCCCUUUCUCCUCUUCAGGCAUUUUUCAUUAUCACAGGAACUAAAGUGCAGGACUAGCAUAUUCAGGGUGAGCCUAUGAUAUUCUGCUAGCUGAGGCUAAGGACCAGAUUCUGUUGCACCCCACAUGCCAUGUACAGAAGUGGACUGGACUAGGAGCUGAGUCUAACUUCAGCGUAGGCAACAGGAUAGUAUCCUCUAGUGCAUCUGAUGGCAGUAGGCUAGUUGAAGGGGUGUAAAAGACCUGUGGCAUACACAGCGCAACUGGUCAACAGAGAGGACUGGCCAGGGGGCUCAGGGAGCGUGACACUGCUGCUGCCUGAGGAGAUUGGUAGGGGUGUCCCUGGGCAUAAUAUUCGAGAAUGGCAACCUAGAUAUUUAGUGCACUCAGAAGUAAGUCCUACUUUACUCAGUGGCGCUUUGGUGGAUAGGUUUUCAGCUUUAUACAGCCAUCCUUUUAAUGCAACAUUAACUUCAACCCCCACCCUGAAAUGGCAGCCAUCUGGUGUUGCUGUCCAAAAACGUGACUAAUUCAUAGGCUCUCAUGCAGAUAAUACCCAUCUGAAGAUAGGGAUGGAAGGUUUUGUUGAUUUUUGUUCUCUUGGUUUUUCAUUUUUCCAGUCUUAAAUUCAGUUCUCUGCUUUUCUGAAACAUUUUUCAUGUUUUCCUUUAAAAAAACAAUUCUCAUGAAAAUUCAACAGCAUUCGGGUACGGAUUUCACAUUUUUGCAUGCAGUUUUGACUACUGUUCACAUUUUUGCUGGCAUUUUUUUCAUGAUCUGCAUUUAAUGUUAUCUUUCACUAAUUUAUUCAUUCUUAUCCAUGCUUUCCCCUAAUUCAGGAGUUUUUGCUUGGUUAGAGAGCUGCAUUGCAAAACUGGACAACUGCGAAUUUCAAAGAAUGGCUGUGUUUUGGUUUUGGAAAGUGCAAAUUUGCUAAAUUCAGCUUUUAAUGCAAACUGAAUUCAGUUUCUCCCUACACCACAUACAUUGAUCCUCCCCAACAUUUGGAGCAGAAAGGAACACGUACUCCCCAAGUUCCUCUUCUGCCAGUAUCCUGCCCUAGUUCUUUCCCCAAUUGUUAUCUACUUUGGAACCAGAGUUUCUUCACUUUAUAUCAGAACCUCUAAUUAACUAUUCUUACUAAAGUGAAUGGGGUCUGCUUAUUACAAAUCGGCUGUGGUUUGUGCCUGUUGAUUCAAGGCUCAGGGAAAGACUUUGGUAUGCUUUGGAAUCUUGUAAAAAUGGUACAACCGCAAAACAUUUUCAAUAAAUGACAUCUAACCUAAGUUCGUCAUAAGAAUGGAAAGAAUGACUGGAACUGGAAGUAUGCUAUUUAUUUUAAAAAUCAUAUUAUUAAUUUGAAAACUAUCAAUAACAUUUUUACUUUGCUUGGGUUUGUAGUCCUGAAAUGUCCAAACAACCUGGAAUAUGCAGAAUGUGGAAGCCCCUGUACUGACACCUGCUUCAACCCAGAAAGGAGCAAAAUAUGUAAAGCCCCAUGUACGGAUGGAUGCUUUUGUCCUAAAGGUAGAAAAUUGACCUGAUCUAUUAUCCAUAAUUUGCACGGCAUUUUAACUGAGCAAAGUAGUAUUCCAAACUUUCCUUGUGCAUCCUGUCAACACUCCUAUGAAACAGGUCACUGAAUAUGCCCAUUUUACAGAGUGUGGACCAAUACCAUUGCUUGUUUUGUUUUUCAUCAUAUUAUUAAGUGAUGUCUGCUAACAAGUGCAAUAACUUUCACAUAUUUCCUACCAAUAAUAAAAUUAUGUGUAGCAUUUAUUUUUCCCCUUCUAAGCAUAACUAAGCACUGUGUUUGAACAGGAAGCAUUCUCGAUGACAUCAAGGGCAAAAAAUGCAUCCCAAUUGGCAGCUGUCCCUGUACCUUUCAAGGCAAAGUCUAUGCAGCUGGAGACACCUACGCCACCCCCUGCCAAAACUGGUACUGUUAAAAGCUUGCUAAUAAUGAUGUAUCAGCUUGAGGGAGAACUGAGAGAACUGGUUAUUUUAUGCUAAAAUCAAAGUAUGGAGGAGAUUCUCUUUCGGAAGUUCAGAACCAAAACUUUGAAAUGCAACAAAUCCAAGCCCAUUGCAUCUAAAAUGCCCCCCCUGCAUUUACUGGGGUGCAAAACUGAAAAUCCCCAGAAAUGUUCUCAGUAAAAAAGUCAUCUUAGAAAGUUCAGCUCAACUCCAGCUGAUUGUGGAGAGAACAGAAAGAAUUACAUGGCAGCAAAGCAUCUUCUUGACCAAAGUCUGUUUUGGGGGCCUAAUCCAGCCCCUGUGGCCGUUUAUUUCCUGGGGUAAAAUCCUAAAAAAACCUCAACAACUUCAACCCUAAAAAAAGGUUAACAACCGUGGUCGGCCCUUUGGUCAGCCCUCACGGCCCUUCACUUCAUCAAAUCUGGCCCUCUUUGAAAAAAGUUUGGACACCGCUGGUUGACCAAACAGCAAUCCCUGCUUUCCACUCCUGGCCCAUAUUCCAUGCUGUUUCAGUCAGCAUUGGAGAGGAAAAGAGCUGCUGUGCUUUAAAGUGCAUUGAGCUGAGAAGCUGACUACAUAAUUUAUACCCUGCUUCAACUUCUUGAUUCUGGAAAAUGUUCAGGGCUGGUCACAUGUGUUUUCUGUACUAUUGUUAUUGAGGAUUAAGCUACUCUUUCGGUCUUGUAGUACUUGCAUGAGUGGAAAAUGGUCCUGCAUAUCACUGCCUUGUUCUGGAAACUGUAAAAUAGAAGGUGGAUUCCACAUAACAACAUUUGAUAAGAAGCAAUUCGUUUUCCAUGGCAACUGCAACUAUGUCUUAGCUAAGGUAGGGGUUUAUUUAAAAUUGUUUGAGACCUUCUAGGAGCAGCAAAUAGACACCAACAGUAGUGCACUGAGGUUGCAUAACAUACCUCAAAUUAAGUGUCUCAUUAAAUGCUUUGUUCCAUGAGACUGAUAAACUGUAUUGUAAAUGUAGCCCUUUGCAAUUGUAAAUGAGCACUAACCAAUUGGGGCCUUUCACGUUCAUACAGCCAUAUUCUGCAUUGUAUUUGCUGUUGCAACUGACUCAUUUCUUCCCCUUUGAGUAUGAGGAAAAUGUGAUUUCUCCGCACCUGAAUCACAAACUUGAGAAAAAUACACAGAUUGUGCAUAACUCCUGAGUGACAAGGACACAUUUCUUUUGCGGGGGAAAGGGCUUAAGUGCAGCUCUGUACAUUACAUGACAAACAUGCCAUGUACCGGUUUAGGUUCAAUGAAAUUACACUAUGUUUUUCCUGCAGCAAAAAAAAAUUAAAAAAAAUGUGUUGAUGUCGUGUGUGUCACAUGUGGAUUUAAUGACCAUGUGUCUGUGGAUCAUGGUUAAACAAACAAACCAGAUGUGUUCACAGCAUGCACUAUGCAAUGUAUAUGCCAUCCAGCUUUGCUACUGAUGAUGGAAACAGCAAGCACACAUGCCACAUGAAAUAUGGAUUUGCAGCAAGUCUGGAACUAGGGUGGGGGGAAUCUUGUCUAAACCAUUUUGAGAAAUAAGGUUUAAGUGUUUUCACCAUCUGCAGAAUAAGGCCCACUAAAUUCAUCAGGACUUAGGCAGUACUCAAUAUUAUGUCAUACAUAUAUGCUGAAAGUUACACCUGUGUCUAAUCUGUCUGAAUUGAGAGCAUUGGAAGGUUCUACAUCUGUGAAAAUAUGCAGAAAAAAUGUUAGCUUUUCCCAGUUUGUCUGUCUUGCAAGUAGGUGUGUGCAAAACUUCCCCUUGUUAUUAUAACAGCACUGACUCCAUGUUAGGCAGGGGGGAAAGAGGCCAUAUAGACAGUGUUCAGCAUCCACUGCCCAUCUCCUCUACAAGAGAUUUGCAAUGUGUCAGAUGAACAUACACCCUGGUUGCUGGCCACAUCAGCUGCAUUAAUGGUGUAUUUCCCUCUUCAUUUUCAGGACACAGAUGGUUCCUUUGUGGUCAUUGGAGAGAUUGUUCAAUGUGGUGUUUCCAAGACUAUGACUUGUCUGAAGAAUGUUUUAAUCACUUUAGGAGCCCUUGUAAGUUGUUGUAGUUAUGUCUAGAAGUGCUGCCACCACCUGUCAGAAAUGCAGAACAAUCUGAACUCAAGUAAGACACUGGAGUAAAUUAUACUCGGAUAAUUACCCUAUUCUACACUCUGUUCAGGAGUGGGGCUACUGCUGGUUGAGUUGGUCUGAGCCCAGAAGAAGGAAAAUGAGCCUUUAAAACAAAGUUUGAUGUAUGCCACCCUUUCUGCAGGAGUAACUUCCACUGGAUUUAUCGGUCAUAUCACCAAGCUGAAUAGAGUUUGGAAUAGGGCUAAGUCUCCCCUUGUGCCAUCCUGCCCCUGCCACUUUCCUGGAAUGCCCCUUUUUGGGAACUUAUCCUGGCCUCGACUCAGCACCAGAUGAGCUGGGGUGGAGACUUAAACCAACAUAUCUUUGACUGAAUCAGUUUAGCCAAAGACUCGCCUGUUUCAAACUCCACCUCUGACAGAUAUUGGAUUUGGAUUGCUCCCUAAGUGCUUUGUCAGUGUCCAUGCAUUUCUUUAUUUUUCCUUUCUUUGCAGAGUAUAAGAGUCUGUUCCACUGGAGAUGUCUAUGUCAAUAAUGCCAUUGCGGUAUUGCCUGUAACUAAAGGUCAGCAUUCAGUUUCACUCCAAAUUUCCAAUGAAAGCUAUGUACCUGCAAGGUGGUUGCUCCUACUCGGAUAUAGUUUUUAGCUGAAGGCAAGUUCUGUUUUUUUUUAUUAGAUGGCGUCACACUCUUCAGACCAUCUACAUUCUAUGUCAACAUCCUGACUUCUUCAAGGGUACAAAUUCAAGUACAACUGAAACCCAUUAUGCAGAUCUUCAUAACAGUAGACGAAACUUAUCAAAACCAUACUUCUGGUAUAGUAUUUCCCCAUGCAUGAACUCCUACUGUCUUUUAGUAGAUUGUAAAAAGUACCUUGAGAUGCUUUGAUUUCAUGAAAUAUUCGCAAACUUUCUCAAGGAUAAACUGACAUCACAAAUGUCUAGAGCAGGGAUGGGGAACCUGGAGUUUUUCCCAACUCUCAUCAGCCCUGACCUUUGCUCUGGCUGACUAGGGAUGAUGAGAGCUGGAGUUCAACAACAUCUGGAAGCCAAGCAGGUCACCCACCUCUGGAUAAAGCUACUUAAAGUGAUCUUUUAUUCAAAAGAAAUUUAGUUCUAUCUUGAUAUGUUUGUCUCAUAUUGAAAUGUUUGGAAUAAUUGAUAUCAAGAAUCUAUAUCUUGCCAAUGAUAUUUUCCUUAGUUUCCAUGCUUUUGUCUGACAUGUCCUUUUCUCCUGUUCUCUGGAGAGCAUAUGAAGCCUGGAAAGCCAAGUGUUAUCAAGGAACUGGGGAGACAAAGUUAUUGGGAAUCCCAUUCCACCCUUUGCUGCAGAUAUGUGGAUUGUUACAUGUCCCAUGUCUGCUUACAUUCCAACACAGAUUGCUGGCGUGAGCAGAACCUCCGCUCUGUUUUUAGUCUCUCUGAGAAGACGGCAAGGAGAGAAGCCAUGUUUUCUUUGUCUUGAUUUAUGUAGAAUAAAUGCGUAGUUUAGUAUUGUGUCCACGCCUCAAACCUCAUCUGUUGUGCAGUUUACACUGCUGAGUAAUGUGUGCUCAAGCCUGCUCUGCAGCUUGAGUCAGACGCACAUCGGGGAGGAUAGUCGAUGGAUCUCUGCAGCGGCAAGGCUGAGAAAGGAGGCGCUCCAGCUGGGGCCGAGCCAGCUGGCUUUUCAUCCCCCGAUCCCAACAAAAGUGUAUUUGGGGAUAAAACAUCCCAAGCACAUUGCUUCUGUUGGACUCUGUCAGGUGUGAUGCUGCUGAAAUGAGUUAAGUAGGUCAAUGCCCCCCUCUCCUUGUUUGCCCAUGUAUCUGAAUCGUCAUUGAUGAGACUAUGGAGGAAAGGGAUGCAGUUGCCAUCUCCAGCAUUGCUACUACCACCCUCAAGUGAUAGGUAUAUGCAGGAUUGGGGCAACAGGCUCUCUGAAACAAGAGAGAGAGAGAGAGAGAGAGAGAGAGAGAGAGAGAGCCAAUGAACACAUGUGUGUGCUGUGUUUAGUUUGCUAUUGUGUUCCUACUGUUGCAUUGUAAAAUGCAGUCUUACAAUGAUUGAUUAAGUGCACUCAGUUAGGAUUACUUUAUUCUGGGAUUGACUCAUCAUGCCACCAACAUCAGUUCUAGUAUAGUCUAGUACAGUAUGAGGCCUGCUUCUAACUAUAGUUAAAAUAAUGGGAACCUUGCUUUCAUAAAGAUCCUUACAUAUUGUUACAUUUAUGCUUUUGAUCUACAUCCCAUUCAUGAAUAGGUAUCAUUAGACUUUCAGAGCCUAAAUCUAGUUUUCACCCAUUUGUCUGUCCUUUCUUUACCCACAAACAAGGCUCUCUUUCUGCUCUGUAACAGGGUCCUGAAUUUGUUUUGUUAGAUAGGCUGUUUCAAAGACUUUGUCUGUCUGAAUUUUUGUCUUGUACCUUCCCAUACCUACCUAGGCCUUUGUGGAAAUUUCAACAAUGAUCAGGCUGAUGAUUUUCAAACCAUCAGUGGGAUUGUAGAAGACUCUGCUUCAGUGUUUGGAAACUCAUGGAAAACUAUGGCCAGCUGUGCUGAUGUUCAAGACAGCUUUGAAGAUCCCUGUCAGAAAAGUGUUGAUAAAGGUAUUAUAUUUUCUCUUCAUUUCAUGCUUUCCCUAAAUGCAACACUUUGUUUUCCACCAUGAGAGGAAUGACAGCCAUUCUUCUAUUUUUAUUAACUUUUCUAUUUGUCAGACCUAUGUACCAGCAGUGUUUCUAUGAUGGUUUACAAAGCCCCAAUAACAACCCUUAUAUAUGAAAAUAUACUACAACCAGAAAACGUUGAUUAAAAUAGAAGGUAAAAUUGACAAGUUAAACUGGUAUAUAAGCAAAAGCUUACACAAUUCAUUCUACGGGACCGCCUCUCCCGGUAUGCCCCACGGAGAGCCUCAAGGUCCAUAAAUAACAACACCCUAGUGGUCCCAGGCCCUAAGGAAGUUAGAUUGGCUUCAACCAGAGCCAGGGCCUUUUCAACUCUGGCUCCGGCCUGGUGGAACGCUCUGCCUCAUGAGACCAGGGCCCGGCAGGAUCUGACUUCUUUCCGCAGGGCCUGUAAGACAGAGUUGUUCCGCCUGGCCUUUGGCUUGGAGCCAAUUUGAUUCCCUCCCUCCCUCUCUUUCUUUUUUCUUUUCCUUCUCCUCCUGCAAUGAGGCUACAUUUUAAUAUUUUAAUGUUCCAUUAUUUUAAUGUUGUAUUUUAUUUUUGUUUUUAAGUUGUAAUCAUUCUUCUUGUUUUUAUUAUUGCUUGUAAGCCGCUCUGAGCCCGGCCUUGGCUGGGGAGGGCGGGGUAUAAAUAAAAAAAUAUUAUUAUAUUAUUAUUAUUAUUAUUAUUAUUACAACCAGAAUGGAAUUUUAUAUGCCCCUUGCUGUGGCUAACUCUACUCAUGUUUACUUAGAUUUAAGUCCUAGUUAGUUCAUUGCCCUACACCCAAGUAAAAGUGUAUGCCUAGGAGUUUUAGCCUGAGUAAAUGGGAUAGUUCCCACAUUUUCCAAAUGAAUGAUCAAAAUUAGAAUGUGUUUUCAAAAACACUUAUGUGAUAAGCUAAUACAAAUUGCUGUUGGGCCGCAGACUCAGCCUGAACAACCAAAAGAGGCUCCUGGGAAGCCAGAGGGACAUUGCUGGCUAAAAUGUUUUAAAAUGUUUAAAAUGGUUUUAAUUUUGGUUCCUCUGUUUUGUUUUUGUUAUGUUGGGGUUGGUUAAGUGUAGUUGGGGUUGGCAGCUCUUUUAAUUUGGGUAUAACUGUAAAUUAUUAUUAUUAUUAUUAUUAUUAUUAUUAUUAUUAUUAUUAUUAUUAUAUAAUAAUAUAAUUAUAUAUUAUUAUUAUAUUAUAUAACAAAUAUAUUAUUAUAUAUUUCUAUUGACUUAUUGGUUUAUUUAUAGUCUGUAUAAGGUAUUCUGUUUCUUAAUGUUUGAUAUGUUUUUAUAUAAACUGUAAGCAGCCCAGAUGAUGAUGAUGAUGAUGAUGAUGAUGAUAAUAAUAAUAAUAAUAAUAAUAAUAAUAGCAAGCUCCUUGUAAAAUGCAGGUGAUAUUUUCACUCAUUGGUGUGGCAUUUGAAUGACUCCCAUUUUGUAAAUAAUCUUUGGGAAUCCUCAUUUUCUCUGAUAGAAAAAUUUGGGCAGCGUUGGUGUGCUCUUCUGCUGGAUGCAAAGGGGUUUUUUGCUGAGUGCCAUUCUGUUAAUGACCCAGCUCCUUAUAUCAAGGUAAGGCAUGGAUUCAUUCCUAUUUUAAAACAUCUCCUCUCAUAUCUGGCACAAUGUCAGGUGCAUUCUGAUCAGAUAGGCAACAAUCUAAGUAGUUGCUAUGUUUCAGCUUGCCCAUAUCUGCUUCCCAUAAAGUUGAAUAGAUUAUGGAAGCUCUGUAAGCUAUUUUGCCACAGGGGUGUUCUACCUUUUGUGAGUAAGAAGAAAUAAGCCAGCGGAGCCAUCAUCAUGUCUUCUGACAGUAUGAAAGAGCAGCUCUUUAGAGCUUAUGUAGCUGGUAGAUAAGCUGUACAGGUAGGUAUAGUGACCAGUUGCCCUCUGGUGGCCUGUCUGGAAACAGUGAACUGCUUUCCCUAUAUCUCAAGAAAUGUAACAUGAAUUUCUUGGAAAUGAGGCCUGAGCCAAAGAAAUAAGACUGAAUCUCCUCCUUUUUCUUUCUUCAUUUUUUGGGGGUAUUUUUUGUAUCAUUUUCUUAUAGCAAUAAAAAGGUGAAAAGAAAUAAAGCAAGAGAAAGAAAGAAAAAGGAUUUGAUAAGUGAAUUCUGGAAUAUGAUUUCAACCUUGCAGGAUCAAAUAUCCUGAUUAUUUAUUUGAGGAAAAAGAGGAUGUUCUAGUCACAGAGGUGCAUUAAUUCCCCUUUGCAAUGACAUAUAUAUGUGUCAUAAAUGGACAUUCUUUGACAGAGAGUUUCCCCUGAAAUUAGAACUUGUUUAUACAUGCAAAGAAGCGGUCAAGGCAGAAACACAAGCAAUCCAUGCUACUUCUUUGAAAAGAGGAGUCCGCUCUCACUCUGUCUUUUAUCUGUUGGUGAAUGUGACGCUUCUUUUGAGCACUGAUUCUUGUAUCUGCUUCUGCGUUUAUUACUUAGAACUGCGUUUACGACAUUUGCAAUGCUGAGAUGAGCAAAGAGGCUCUGUGCAGCGUUUUCUCUGGCUAUGCCAGAGAUUGUGCCGCAAGAGGCAUCCACUUGAAAGAAUGGAGAGGCAUCGUCUGUGGUAGGUGUAGUGUGUUAUUCUCUCCUACUCCUAAGCCAUUUUUAAUGAUUCAAAGAAGCAUACACUUAAAGUAAUACUGAACACAUUUGGUGAGCUCUUUCCCAUGUACAUAGUACUUUCAGGACUGAUCUUUUUUUAAAAAAAUAAUCAAAUGGCAUCCACACCCAGAAUGGUUGUGUAUUGAUGGUAGGAGGGCAGCUUCACAAAUUAAUUUUUUUCUCCCGUCCCAAUGAUGGGUGUGCAGGGGCAGAACCAAUGUUUGUCCAAUAGUGAUUGGGGGCGGGGCGGAAUCUGAUUCAGUUUGCAUUUAAAACUGAAUCCAUCAAAUUUACACUUUCUAAAACAAUAUGCUAACCAAAACAUAGCCAUUCUUUGAAAUUUGCAUUUAUAUUAUCUGAACGUUGCGAUGCAAUUCUCCAAACAGAACUGCAUAUAUUAGGGGAAAACAUGCAUAAAUGAAUAUAUUUGUAGAAACAACAUACUGACAUGUGUUAUGUGCAAAAAUUGCACAGUCAAAAUUGCAUAUAAAAAUGUGUUCAUUAACAUAAAUUCACAGGAAAAGGCUGAUGAAAUUUCAUGAUUAUUAUUUUUUUCAAUUGCAAAUUCCUGCAAAAUGUGGAAAACAAACUAAUAAUUUAGGUGCAUCACAUUGACUUCACCAACCAACCUACUUCAUUAAAAUCAAGGGAAAUUAUUUCCAUUAUGUUUGGGAUUGCAUCUUGUCUCAUUUGCUUUGAAGGGCCUCCUGCAAGGAUACUCGCUGCUUCCCUUGUGAUAUAAACUAUUGUUCUUUGGAGUCAAAGAUAAGCAUACUCACUUUGCUCAUUCCAUCCCUUGUUUUGCUUCUUUUGCAAAGAUGCCUCAGCAGAGUGCCCUAGGAAUAUGGUAUACAACUAUGAAGUGAAGUUCUGCAACAACUCUUGCCGGUCCCUGAGGGAGCCUGAUGUGCUAUGCAGUGUUCAGACCAUCCCUGUGGAUGGCUGCAGCUGCCCUGAGGGAACUUACCUAAUGAAUGAGGAAGAAUGUGUCUUUCCAGAGGACUGUCCAUGUUACCACAAGGGCCUGCUGAUACAACCCAGAAGUUCAUUUCAAAAGGAUGAGCUCGUGUGGUAAAGUUAUUUAGUUAAUAGUCAAAACACGUUUGUAAAAGGUUGUUGCAAAUCCUCAAAAGAACCAGCCUGUUAAUUAAAGGUACCUUGAUUUUAAAAGGCAUUUGUUUCCAAGGGGCAAGAUAUAGAUUACAGAUAUGGCUUAUCUUGGGGAUGGGUGUAUUUGCAUGACUGGAACUUGGGUAGUUUUCCACACCCCCUCUUUAUGCAUUUGUGAGAGACUUCCCUUUUGUGUUUUAAUAUCUCUAGCAAGUGCAUUCGAGGACAAUUAGAUUGCAUUGAAAACACAGAAACAAAGAAAGGUAAGACCUCUUUUUUACUUACUAUGCAACUUUAAACCAAUAUGUUGGAAUUUGACAUUUGUUUUGAACUACUGUCGCAUUCCACAUGCACAAGUUAGGAUUUGAUCCUCCUUGAUCCUCUGGAGAAUCCUAGAUUUAGAGAUCAAAUCCAACCCCGUCCCCUCUGCAUUUGCUUUUGUGUGUUCAGACCCAGAAACCUCCUCCCUGAAUAAAUUCACACUUGACUCAAAUUUUAGUUUGGUUUUUGGCAGAAUUUAGGCCACAACUUUAUUGAUUACAGAAAGUGAGUAGUUGCAUAGGCUCUGGUUCAACUAGCUCCCUGCCAUGCAGGUAGCGCUGACCCAGCGUUCCAGCAUAGGUCAGUCAAGGGUGAACACCUGGAUAGGCGAAAAGUCAGGAACAGACUAUGUCCACCACCCAGAUGUCCCCCUGGACUCAGGCACAGGCACAACCCCCUCUCAGGGGUUGUCCAAACCAUUUGAGUCCCUGGAUUCCUUUAAUGGAAUACCCUUCACAUAGGGGUGGCGAGAGUAUUCCCCCAUCCCUAUCACCUGAACCAGAGCCUAUCCGCAACCUUACAAGUUGUGACGAUUUGCUAUGCGGCAGGUGAAACCCAAAUGGCAACAGCCAAUCAGCCAAGUGAGGAAAAUUCCUGCCGUGCCCCUGUCCCAACGACAGACGACACACAAUGGCAUAGCAAGGUCAAGCACACAAGCUGUAGUAAUGUCAGGGGAGUUUUAAUCCCACACGCUGACACCAUGUAGUAAUGCUCCGGCCACUCGCCCCUCCCUCACCUGUCCUUACCAUCCAGCUGGAUCAGGUUUCUAGGAUCGGCAGCCGACAGCACUUACUUUUUUACAGAACAAAAAGCAUCAAAAAUGGUAAUGCUGCCACCACUCCCCUGUAUCAGGGCACCAGGAGACACAGCCCAAGGGAGAAGGCUAUGCUCCCUAGUUACCGGCUGCCCCACCCUGCAAGUUGUUUCCACAAAAUUGCAGGCAGAAAUUCAACAGGUAGUGCAUAACCAAUUGGUCAGAGUUCUGGGGGGGAGGGGGAGGGAGGAAAAAUGAGGGGGGGGGAAUAAGGAUAUGUUUUUGAAUAAUAUGUCUUGUUAUAACUUUGAAUAAAAAAUAAAUAAAAAAAGAGAAGGAAAACUAUGAACAUAGAUCUAUGCCCUUGAUGGUUGGAAUGGUUUUAUGUUUUAGACAUCUGGGGUUCUGGAAUCUGCUGAGUGCUAUGCAUAGUUUUACACUGUCUUGCUUUCUUGUCUUGGUAAUUGUGUCCUUAUUCCAGAUUGCCCUUAUCCAAUGUCCUACUUUGACUGCAGCUCUGCUGGCCCAAGUGCGACUGGAUCAGAAUGCCAGAAAAGUUGUGAAAUGCAAGACAUGCAAUGUGUAAGGGUUUAAGCUCGUGACAGUGAUGUAUGUACCCUAACCACUCCAUGCGCUCAAGUGAGCUUCAUGAGUGCUAAUGGCAGGUGUAUUUGCCCUAGCCACACAAGCCUCCUGGGCUGGCAUCCAUGAGAGCAAAGCUGGUUAUUUUUCAAGGGGAUUUCUAGAUAGUGUGAUAUUUCUUUUGCCUGUCUGAUGUAAAAGAAAUUAACAUGAAGUGGCCUCUAAAAGUAUUUCAGUUAUUAACUAGUUAUAAGGGCAAACAAAUAUUUUGGGAGACCCAAACAUGGUGCCUGAACACAUAUGAACAACAUAAUGCCUUAUUCAUUUGAUUGCCUUCUUCUUGAUCAGACAUAAUUCCAAGAGAAGCAGCAGGCCAUGCAUGUCUCCUAUAAGGUACUGCUACUCUCUUGUGUUAAAAUCUCACCCAUGGACAUUGGCCUUCUAUAUGCAGGAUAUUAUUUGCCAGGCAGAUGAGCACCUCCUCAUGUUAGAACAGGAUGGCUUUCACUUUUCAGUGACUCAGCCUUAUUUACUGUGGAUAAGCACAAGCCAGAGAGGAUCCAUCUCAUCUGUGAUAGAGGUGUUACCAUUAAAUAUACAGAUGAAAGGGGAGAAAGAGCAAUUGUAGCUUUUCCCAUUCUUUCACUGAUCCUCCACCUGUGGUGGUGGCAGCACUCCAGGGGUGUCACAAAGUUUACAAAGUGACCAGGGAAGGAGUGGGCAGAGGAAGCCAUGGCUGUUCCAUCUCCUGCUUCAUCAGAUUUAACGGUAAAGCCUAAACUUCUGGCUUGCAACCUGUCGACUCUGCUUUGUAAAUACACCACCACCUUUCCAUCCAGAUAAUUUCACUGAUUUGCUGUAUUACCGUUCUCUGAACAUAGUCUUCACAGUCCCUGCAUCCCUGUGAACUGAACCAUCUAACGUUUUACGGUGUUGGUGAAUAUCUAACAGUAUCAUGACAACAGCAUUUUAUGAAGGGCUGCCUUUAUUUUCUCCCCCAAUAUUUGUUCCCUUCUGUAUCGAUUUCCAUUUUGUUUCCAUGCACUCAACCAAGUAUGCUACAGAAUGUGUCUCUGGAUGCAUAUGUCCUGAUGGCCUGGUGUCCGAUGGUCACGGCAACUGUAUUGAGGAGGAGCAAUGCCCCUGCAUGCAUGGAGGGAAGUUCUACAGUCCUGGCACACAAAUCACAGUAAAUUGCAAUACAUGGUACAGUAUUCUUCAGUGUUCUUAAAGCCAGUACAUUUGUAAAUUGUAGCAAAUCAAUGUGGGAGCAGGAGGAAAAGGAGGGGGCAUGAAAGUAUUUUAGUUAGUGAAAUAGGGAGGAGCUGAAAGAGAGCAAAGGGAAAAAGAGGUGCCAGCCUGUAGAGAGCAGUUUGGAAAAGGGUUUGGUUGUGAAAUAUCCACUGUUAUUGCUGGCGUCCAAAGGUUUUAGGAGGCCCCUCACAAAACAAACCCCUAUGGACCAGAUAAACUAGUCUAUCAAGUUUUUGUUUUGUGGUGUGCAUGAUCUUGGGUAUUUACAAAUAGCCCCAGGCCGAUUUUAGGAGCAAUUGUGACAUUUGUAAGAAUCUUUUCAGUUUAAUAUUAAUACUUUAAUCCUUUGAAUGAUCUACCUAAUGCAAGUCUCUGCAUUCAUUUGGGGGUGUUUUUAUGAACUGCACUGCAGUUUAUUCAAAGAGUACCCAAUGCAGCGUAUCGAAGAAUUGAGCACCAGUUCAGGCUACCAUUUUGGAAGUAACUUCCCCCCCUCUAUAAACACAUAGUUUUGUGGAAGUGUUUCCCAUGCGGUAAGAUCACACAUGACAACAAUCACUUUGUACAAAUUAGAUUUGCAGCCAGUGGCAAUUAUAGCCUCUCUGGCUGCCAUGCCCUUAACCAUGAACAUUUGUAAACUUGAUGCUUAGAUGUGAAAUUCUCCCUACCCCUAAAAUAUCACCCCCUGGUAAUUAGGCUUGUUAAUUUCUGGCAUUAUUGGGCUUUUAUUUAUUUUUGUUGCUUCAGAUGCAGCAAUUUAUCACCCAUCAGACAAGGUCUUUACUGUAACUCCCCCUGUUGUAUAGAAGGCUAUACAUUGUAAUAAGAAGGAGAGUAAUACUGUCAUUUCAGCUGACAGAUCCAGAAGAAUUGUCAUUAUUCUAUUAAUUACCCUGCCUACUUGCAGUUUUCUUUGACAAGUUGUGAUCUUUUAUGUUUAAUCUCUCAGCAUGUGCUACAAGAGGCAAUGGAACUGUACAAAGAACUACUGCCAAGGAGCCUGCAUGGUGUAUGGAAAUGGCCACUACUUCAGCUUUGAUGGAACAAAAUUUGAUUUCAUGGGAGGCUGUGAUUAUAUCCUAGCCCAGGUAUUUAAUCUUUACUACUUGCCUCAUGGACUGUUUAGUGUGGAACCAAGUGGAAAUGUUGUGAUUUCACUGCUUUACCCAUCUGUAGUGCAGUGCCCACCGACCCAGUGUGCGCCAUUGAACUCCUUGGGGUAUACUUAUGAGUAGACAUGCAUAGGGUUGUGCUGAAAGGGAUUUUCAGAAACUUCAUAUUGACUGACUGAGGGCCAGAAUCUGUACUUUUCCCACUUCUCGUCUAUGAUUGUGGACUCUUGCAAAUGUUGCAUGGGUUUGCCAUGUAAGAAAAUGGCUCACCACAUCAGACUAUGGCUUGUGGAAUGUCCCUUUUAAUUCACCAGGUACCUCCAAGCAAAAAAUCCCAUAGAUGAAAAUAAUGAGCUUGGCACACCAUAUUUUGCAAGUUUCUUAAAACCAAGUUACAUUUUCAGCUAAACAAUGUUGAAAAGUCCAUCUAGGGCUGUACAUUUCAGACUAAAGGGUUUCAUAUAUGAGUGAGUGUCCUCCUGUGCCAAAGCUCCCUACCAUUUUGAGGUUUUUGUUUUAUAUAAUUUUUAUGAAAUAAAAAAAAAGGAAAAUCACAACAGGAAGACAAUUUCUUGACUAACUUUCUCCUUAUAGUUUUCUACAUGCCAGGAGUUGUUACUUUGAUUUUUUUUUUUUAAUAAAAAGAAUAGUUGUGAGCAUUCAAAAUUACAGCCUCUUUUACCUGUAGUCUGGCACAGUUACCAGUGCAGAUCCAGGAUAUUUUGCUUUCAGCAUAUUCCCAAAUUUGAGACCUGGUUAAAUCCAUACAUUUAAUAAAGAAAACUGCCUUAGCUGGCAUGCACUUCCUUCUACAGAAUAUUUGCCAUCGUGGCUUGAAUAUGGAGAACGUAACAUUAAACGUAUUAUUGUUUCCUUUCCCAAGGACUUUUGCCCUGAUAAUCCUGACCCAGGCACUUUUCGAAUUGUAACACAGAACAUGGCAUGUGGUAAAUCCCUGAGCAUUUGUUCCUUGAAAAUUCGCAUCAUCUUGGAGGUAAGUCCACAAUCAGCCUUGUAAGUGGAGAACUUCAAAACUGGAUUGACAUUUUGUGUUUCUUUGCUUACAGUAGCUAAUCUACACCUUUCAUACCCUGUCCGCCCAUAAACUUCAUUCUGAUUUUAAAAGAGUAGUUGUGUUAAUCUGUUGGAAGGAAGGACGGAAGAAAGAACUAGAUAUGGGUGCCAUUAGACUUCAGAAUUAACUGGAUUAUUGGCUGGAUUUGAGAGACCCCAACUCCUAAUGUGCUUAUGUAUUACCUACUUCAAAUAUCUGGUUGUAGUAGCUGGACAUCUGGGAAAGAGUCUGGGGUAGUCCAAAAGGACCUUGGCAAUUUAUAGUGAUACCAUCUCUGAGUAUGUGCUAAGGCUUUGAAACAGGUUUAUUGUGACAUAAACAUCUAUGGUCCAGAGUAUCUAGCCCAAGAAAGUUUAUACUACAACAAACCUGUUAGCCUUUAAUGUGCCACAGGACCCUUUGAGGCUUUUACACUUGAUCAUAUACCACUAACACACACAAUUUAUGCUCCCAUUUACAUGUGCACAUCUCAGAGACCACAUUCACCCUCAUUCACAUGCAGCACACACACUGUCCAUUGGAUCGCUCAUACCACACCCAUCAGAUGCACAUCACUUAUGGAAAUUGACGAUCCUUGAGUAAACCACUCAUAUUGCCUCAUUCACACAUUCAGCCUAAAAGUUGAUCAUUAGUGCAGUAUUGCUUUCUCCUCUUCACCCCACCAGAAGUUUGCAGCUUCUUUUGCCCUUCUGUAUUCUUGAAGUUUACUUCUUCAUUAGUUAUCUUCUUCCUGUGCCUAUGACACCACAGUAGGUGGGGGCAGAGCUCAUUUCUUCUGUGACAUCACAGUAAGAAUGAAUAUAUCUUGUGAAUUGCCUUGAGGUCUAUGGAUGAAGGACAGUAUGCAAAUUUAAUAAAUAAUAAAUAUCAUCAUCACCCUGGAAAAGAGAUGUGGGUAUAUAUUGCAGAUAUACCAUAUUUUUCGCUCUAUAACAUGCACCCGAACAUAACACGCACAUAGUUUUUAGAGGAGGAAAAUCCGUAGGCAUGCCACCCGUAGGCAUUCCCUCCAUAACACGCACAGACAUUUCCCCUUACUUUCUAGGAGGAAAAAAGUGAGUGUUAUGGUGCAAAAAAUACGGUACAUCUUGAUGGGAUGGCAUAUGAAUUAUUAUCUACAAAGGGUUGCGGUUGUGUUGUCAUUGUAUUUCAGCUGCAUCCUUGCUCUUAAAAAUUAUUUAUGUCUUUUUCUAGGGUAGUGAAAUCAGACUUCAGGAAGGGAAAAUUGAGGAGAUAACUAGUAUGCCGCCUUCUGAAAGGAACUAUAACAUCCAUCUUAUGGGAAUUUACCUUAUAAUUGAAACUUUCGAUGGAAUGACCUUCAUGUGGGAUGAGAAGACAACAAUCAUGGUGCAACUCGCACCCUCUUUUCAGGUAGGUGCAAACAUGACUGCUGACUUGCACAUGGUAAUUCUGUACUGGCUGGGGUAAUUUUCCUGUCAAGGUAUCGCUUCCACUUCGGGGGUGGGAAUUGAGCAUCACAUCUACACUGUCACAAGUGGAGAAUAGACACAUCUUUGUUUUGCAGCAUAGAAGAAGUUGUAUGUGUGUUCAUCUCACCUGAUACAUGUACAUUUCCUGCCUAAAAGAAGUCAUAUCUAAGUGUGCAUAGAAAUUGUUGCGAGUAGAAUGACCCUCAGUUACCUGCUAAUAAACUGCCCAGUUUGCAGCUAGUGUAUUCUGCAAUUCUCUGGUUAUGCUUGUAAACAUAACAUGUACCAAUCAGAUGCCUUAAACCAAGUCUAUUUGCUUUUUUCAUAUUUAGGAAGCAUUUGAUUUAUAUAUUAUAGCUUCCUGCAACCAGUAAAGAUAGAAUCGCCAUAGAUCAGACAAAUAUUGGUAGGCUUAUGCUGCAAAUGCAGACAAUAUUCUUUGUCUCAAGUGAAUCCAACACAUUUUUUUGUGUACUGUAAAUUCUUAGACUGUUAUCUUUUAAAAUAUGUGGAUAUUAAUUGGCCCCCGUUUUCAUUCUUCUAAAAUAGUCUAACAACUUAGUAGAGAAAAGUGUUUUGAAUCAAGAGAAACACAUAGGACUAGUGGUUUAUACAAAGCAUGUUUAUAAUACAAUUUGAAUUUACUUCAUUUUGAUAGUUUUAUUUAUUUGUUUUUUAUUCUGUCAGUGAAGUCUUUGUAAAAUGCCAUGCUCCAAUUUCCUAGGGCAGAGUUUGUGGUCUUUGUGGUGAUUUUGACAGCAGUGGCAACAAUGACUUCACCACGAGAGGGCAGUCUGUGGAGAUGCAAGCACAGGCAUUUGGAAGCAGCUGGAAAGUCACCACUAGCUGUUCGGACAGAAACAAGGUUGACCUAUGUGCAGGUCAGCCUUCCAAACUCGUACUGGGGCAAAAGCGAUGCAGCAUUCUCAAGAGUGACAUUUUUGAAGCCUGCCACAGUAAGGUAAUCUGUCUGUUUGUCUCUUCCUUUGCUUCUUGCGACUCUUCCCCUUCUCCUUGCAUCCUCCUAUCCUAGCAUUCCUAGCAUUUCAUAAAGUUAUGGGUGGCAAGAAUGAUGAAUAAUUUUACUGGCAAAACAAGAAAAGUUAAACAAAUGAAAAAUAUUUUUUUGGGGGGGCAUAAUUAUUGAAGGCAUUUCAAAUAAUAGCAGGGAGUACACCCUCGAGAGAGAGAUUUGUUCCCAUUCCUAGGGACGGUGUUGUAGAGAGAUGUGGACAGUGAUGGGCAUGGCCAAAAGUGGCUAUGGCUACUCUCAUGCGCUCGCACAUACGCAUGACAUAUCAGGCACACAAACAUAGAGUAUGGCUGCCAUAUGUCUGGAUUUUCCCGGACAUUGCCAAGAUUUCAAAGGUGCAAUUGAUGUCUGGGGUGUGGGGGGUGGAUUUCCAAAAGGCGGUGCUUUGUCCUGGAUGGGGGAAAAAUGUGUUUUGGUGAUAAUGUAUUGUUGCAUGCCAUCCCAGUCUCUGAGUGGUGCCUGGAGAAGAGGAGGUUAAGGGGUGAUAUGAUAGCCAUGUUCAAAUAUAUAAAAGGAUGUCACAUAGAGGAGGGAGAAAGGUUGUUUUCUGCUGCUCCAGAGAAGCGGACACGGAGCAAUGGAUCCAAACUACAAGAAAGAAGAUUCCACCUAAACAUUAGGAAGAACUUCCUGACAGUAAGAGCUGUUCGACAGUGGAAUUUGCUACCAAGGAGUGUGGUGGAGUCUCCUUCUUUGGAGGUCUUUAAGCAGAGGCUUGACAACCAUAUGUCAGGAGUGCUCUGAUGGUGUUUCCUGCUUGGCAGGGGGUUGGACUCGAUGGCCCUUGUGGUCUCUUCCAACUCUAUGAUUCUAUGAUUCUAAGAUUCCAGGGGCUCCAGGGUUUGUGUUUCCUUUGGAAUGAGGCACAGCAGAGACUGGUAUGGCUUAUUUACACAUAUAUACAACCUGAGUCUAUGAUGGACAGGACCACAGCCCAAGAUGUCUCCCAUAGCCAAAGCCUUGGAUUCCUAAAGAAGAAGAAGAAGAAGGGGGGGGGUUCCUUAAAAAAGCUUAAGCUUAGGGCUGUCCUGGUUUUUACUUUUUGAAAGAUGGCAACCUUAACAUAGAGGCACAUGGAUCCCCUUACCAUCAGAAUACUGGCUCUGCACACUUUGAUGCUACAUCUAUUUACCCCUCCCCCCCUUUGCAAUUGCUGCCAAAAUUAGCAGGGUCAGGCAGAAACAGUUGCUUGAGAGUCCAUAUCAACUGGGGUUAGGCACCCCAUUAUAGAACUACCCCAGAUGCAUGAAUUUUGGGAGCAGAAUCUCCAUGAACUGAAUGCCAUUCAUUUGUACCAUUUUUGGGAUUUGUCUGGUGUAUAGAUAGCACUGUAGUAGGAUGCCACAAGUGAGUUGUUCCUAUAGACUAGAAUGGGGCGUAUGUGCGCACGCACAAAACCAGGCCACCUAAUUGGCAGUGAUCUUGCACUUAAACAGAUUAUCAUAUCUGCCCUAUUUUCAGAUACUUCAGAAUAUUGAUAAGAAAUAUUUAGGCAAUUGGUUUUAUACUUUCCCAGGGAAAGAAAAUUACAAUUUAAGAAAAUGGUUAGCCUAAUUAGUGUUGCAGUCAGAUAGGAAAGCACAGAUGGACUUGAAAGGGAAAGGAGAGAAAAAGUGAACCUUCCCAUAAUAUAAAUAUAAAUUUAAAUAUAAAGGAUUAGUGUUGUCUAAUCAUAUGGAGGUUAGACAAGAUAAUUAAAAAACUUGCAUUUUCCUAGGCCAAAAGCAUCCAUGAUCUCAUGGGCAUAAUAUUACGGUGGUGAUAUAGCUAUUUCUUCAAAGCUGCAACUUGAUAGGGCUGCCUCCCAGGACAGAUAUUCAGUUUUCCUUGAAUAUUUCAAGGAAGGCAGUCUAGGCAGUCUUGUGUUUUCUAUUUUAAGAAGCUGAUUAAAUAGCAUCCUGGGAAGAAAUGUUCAUUAUUUCUGGCUGUUCUUGGUUCUGUUAGAUCAACCCAACACCCUAUUAUGAAUCCUGCAUAUCUGAUUUUUGCGGUUGUGACAGUCUGGGAGACUGUGAGAGUUUCUGUACUGCUGUAGCAGCAUACGCAAGGAGUUGUGGCAGAGUUGGCAUCUGUAUUGACUGGCGAAGUCCUAAAAAUUGCCGUAAGUACUUACAAAGCAAAUAUAAUCUCAGCAGCAAUGAUUGUGUAGCUGCAUGUUAUCUGAGGGGGUGAGAAAUACUAAUUGCUAAUGGUAUUUAAUGACACAGUUGAGUGUAUGACUGAUAAAGGAAUUUUCUUCUUCAGAAUCCCUUUGUGAUUCACAUCUUUCACGUUGUCCAAAAACAUAACGCUUUAUUAUAGCCUUAUAACCUUUUGAACAGUAGGAUACUUUGGAGAAAAAGACAGACGAAAAAUAUCACAAAUAAUAGUGAAAAACUGUUCUCAACAAGAGGUCAUACUUUAAAACUACUAGCAAGUGAAGCUUACAAGAGUACACUUGGAACAAGUGUUCCUUUUAUCCACAAGAUAAAUCUGGGACCAACACCUCACAUGUAGUUCAGCAACUUAUUGCUGUGCAUGGGACCAGAACCAAUGGCUAGAAGUUUCAUCAAAGACUAAGCAUUUCAUUGUUUCCAUCUGUACAUGUCCAGCAUGUCAUGGGUUAAGAUAGACAUUAUUUCCAGGGUAUGCGCAUGGGUGGGUGGGUGUGUACAGGCCUCCCAUUAUUUAUUUACUUAUUGUGGUUCUUACUUGUCCUUCUCCCUGAUGUACAGCAAGUUACAGCAUAUAAAAGCACAAUUAAAAUGGGGGGAAAUAUCCAGUCCCCAAAUCAGUGAUCCAUACAACACAUUACUGGGAGAACCUCAAAAUCAGUUCCUCAAUUUUCAUAGGCCAGGAUAACAAGAUGAAUCUCUUCACAUUGCAUCAAAAGUGGUAGCUGGCAUGCUGCUAUCACUUUUGAUGCAAUGUUAAGAGGUGUAAGAAAUGUAUGACUGAGGGGUAGCCAGAAGGAGGGAGGGAGGGAGGAAGGGGAUUCCAUUGAAAACAUGGACCUCAUCACUUAUGGCUAGCAUGUCUUCUGAUCCAGCUAUGUUUUGUGACUACUAUGAUUCACCCAACAAAAGAGAAUGGCGGUAUAAGCCCUGUGGAGAACCUUGUUUAAGGACCUGCAGGAAUCCAGCAGGAAACUGUGGCAAUCUGCUUUAUAGUUUAGAAGGUAAAUGCUUUUUCACUUCCCACAAAACAUGACAUGAAAUGAGAAAAAGGUUUCUGCCCAAAUUCAUAAAAUGUAAAGGGAUUAUAUUUGAUAUUUCUUUGCAGUGGCCAAAGACCCACUCUCUCAGCAAAGCACAGAGGCUGCCCCUCUUUAAUGGUUAAAUUUACAGACCAAGUUGUGAAAAAACCCCCAAUAUAUAUUUAUAGCAUUUUUUGUUCUUCUGUUUUCUAAUUAUUGCAAUUUCAGAUUUAUACCUUAUAAUAUACCUCAUGUAAUACAUAUAUUAUUAUAUCACCUAAUAGCCAGCCCCUAUUGAAAAGUGAGAUUAUUAUUUUGACGGUUUGCUCCCAUUUUAGGCUGCUACCCAGAAUGCAGUGCUGAGAAGCCAUAUUAUGAUGAGAAAAAAAGAGAAUGUGUCUCAGUGUUUGAGUGUACCUCAUGGUAGGUCAUUUUUAACAGCAUAGCCCAUUCUGCACAUAUGCUCGUUAAGGUUUCUUUCUUUAAUCUGUGGUAGUCACAUCUUUGUAGACUCUGAACUGAGAGAGGGAGAGAAGUGUGGAUUACUUUGUGUGUUGGUGUUUUGUUUUGGUUUCGUGUACAAAUUAAGCAAUAAAAGAAUCAACAAUAUUUUAUAUAUGUUUCCCCUCAGUGAUCCAAAAGAAAAACUCUGCUUGAACAAAUCAAAUGGUAAGUUAUUAACUGUAUUUAGAGAGAAUAUUAUUUGUGUGUGUGUGUGUGUGAGAGAGAGAGAGAGAGAGAAAGCACCCCUCAUAUAAAAUAUCAAGGUGGUGUACAACAAAAUAUGGAAGUAAGAUAAAGCAUAAAAUACCAUAAAAACAAUGCAAAAUAAUCAUAAAAGUGACUGGCUCAUCUUGAAAAGGUUUAAACAACUGAAUAGACUUGUCAACAUACAAUGUCUUCGAGAGACAUCUACAUUAGCAGCAAGGAGCCCUGUCAAAUCUCUGCUGGAAACUCCACUCAAAUGUGCAAAGUUUAAGAUUGUGCAGUGUGUGGAGACCAGCAUCUGGGAACUUUGAGAGAGACACUGAAUCAACUAUAUAUCCAUAGUCUUCCUUGAAGUUAGCCAAGGAGUUCUUGACUUAACACCUAGUUCUUCUUGAGUAUAGAGAACAUUAUUUCUUUUGGUCUCAUCAAUGACUCACACCGUGGGUGGUAUCCAACUAAUGUGUCUCAUCAACACAAGGACUUCUACCUGUGCAAUGGGACUUCCCUUCUCUCCCUUGAUGUGUGUCCUGCACCCUCACCAAAUCAGUCAUGGAGAAUUGGGGGAACCCUAAGAACAGAUUUAGGGAGUGGAUGGAAGGAGGUGGGGAAGUCCUGAUGGCUUUUCGUUAGUUUUUCUUGACAUUAGAUUAGGCACAAAUGGUAGAGCUGCAUCCAAUAAUUUUGCUACUCAUCAGGAAGAAGAAGCAAGGCUGAAUGAGUAUUUGUUGAGUUAAUCUGGGUUUUGUUAGCUUUGUAGGUCUCAAUUUCAUUACAAGCCUAAUAUAAAGAGAAUUCUUGGCUAUACAUCUGUUGAUAAGAAAGUAGCAUGUGGAUUACUUCAAAGUACUAACCUGCAUAAUAUAUUCAAAACAGCAGGACAUGGCUUGGAGAUCACGCCUCAAGGCGGGGAAAUUGUUGGCCCUUCAAAGCCAAGAGCAGGCGAGGAUGUGUGGGAUUUUAAGAGAUCAAAAACGCAUAGUGAGAUGUGUCUGGGCAGAGAAGUGAAAUGAAUAUAUUCAAUUGUUCUAUGUCUGUUUUUACUGUAUUGUAAAUCACUUUGGGAUGCCUUGUAGGAAUGAAUAAAUGAAAUCAAUAAAUAAUUACAAUAACAAUAUACACUGCAGCAUCAGUAAAAAUGAUGAUCAUUAUACUAAAACAGGCAUAGGCAAACUUGGCCUGCCUGAUGGUUUGGGACUACAACUCCCAUCAUCCCUGACCACUGGUUCUGUUACCUAGGGAUGAUGGGAGGUGUAGUCUCAAAACAUCUGGAGGUCGAGUUUGCCUAUGCCUGUAAUAAAAGUUAACAUUGACAUUUGAAUGCUGACAACUGAGGAACUACUUGAAAGGAAGAUGGCUUAGGGUCCAUGUCAUAGAGUAAGAUCCAAUGCUGACCAGUUUGCAGUCACGGACAUCAAAAAAUGAAAUGAUCUUAUUAUAAAUCUGAGAAGAAUACUUACAAAAUAUUUUCAUCUUGCAUAUGUGCCACAAAGUGAAAAAUUCUCAUUAAAGUGGACAGUUAUAUGCAGGUAUAUAAGUCGCUGCCUCCUUCAGGUGUGCAGUAGCAUUGGGAGUGCAAGUUGUCCGGUUUCUCCUUUGGCUGGGUAGCAUCAGUAUGAGGGCACAUGGGUCAGCCAGUCUCCUGGCAGGCAGCAUAAGCAUGAGGUCAUAAUGACCAGUCUUUCAAUGACCAGGCAACAUUAGCAACAGGUCACAAUGCCCAGUGUGUAGUAGAUUCACAGUGGUGGGGGCACAUUGGUCACUCUCCAUCUCUCUUAUUCAAUCAGGUGGCAAUAGUAGUGUAUGGGCACAACUCUCUUUCUCACACAUCCUGAGAUAAAGAAAAGCAGGACAUUCCUGUUGAGAUAAACAACAGCAGUGUGUGGGCAAGAGGAGGAUGUCAGAUGAAGUAUGGUGGGAUUCCACUCCUUGCUCAUGGUGUGUGUAGGGGGAAGGGAAUAUGUUGAUCAAUGUCAGUGCCAUUUGCUAACUAUGGCUGCUGCUGUUUAUUUUGGAAAGGUGUCAAAUGUUCAGUAAGAAACUGGAUGCCCCAUGCUUCUUAUUGUUUUAGGGAAAACUGCAGUGGCUCUCCCCAUCUCACCAGCAAAAUCAGAAAUGAGAACCACACCAUGCUUCUGUAAUGUAAAUGGACAGCUGAUAACAAGUGGUGAGGCAGACAUAUUUGAAAUAACUUCCAUGGACUUAUUUUGUGUGUGUACUAUUUAUUUCAUAAACAAUCAUUGCAAUCUUUGCAGCUACAUAUUGUUGUGAGUUUGCAUGAUGGGGGGGGAGGGGGUAGGCUGUAUGUCUGAGUUCUUUCCAAUUCCUGGAUCCAGCAGGGAUUCAAAUCACUGGAAUAGCCAGGCAAGUUUCUUGGUAAUGGCCCAAGUAUGGGUUGUUAAGGUAACAAAGGGAAUGGUCUGCGCCAGAGGACAAAUGGGUUCCUCCCUCCAACUGUCUCUUAGUUAGAAAGACAAAGAGUUGAGUUCCAUAUGUGAGGUAGAAGCUGCAGGCUGGGCAGCUGAAAGACAGAGCUAUGCUUGGUUUCUGCUUGAAUCCAAGGCUGUGCCUAGGGAAGAAGUCAGACCUUCUUGGGUAUUAAUGCUGUGAGCCCAUCCGCCGUAGGCUCAGGUUGUGUAUGUGUGUAAAAAACCCCCAUAUAUCAUAAAGACAUCCUAGUCUCAACUGUACCUCAUUCCAAGGAAACCAAACCCUGGGUCAGCAUCUGGAACCCCUGGAAUCUUGCAUCACUCCGUGAUUGGGGUAUAUGCUUGAAUAACUCGCUUGUUGGAUUUUUUCAUGACUUUUACAUUUUUCCUGUUGCGUGAACUGCACCCUUAUUUUUUCUGAAUAUAUUCAUCCAAAAUCUGUAUAAAUUAAUAAUUAUUCUUGGCAUUGGGUGAUGAUUGGUGUUUUAUUUUUUAAGUGGAUGAUUCUCUGCUUUAUAAUGUGUGUAUCUCAUCACACACACACACAAUGUUGCUGUUUGUUCUAACUGUUCCUCUGAAUUUUUAGGCAGUAGCCAGUUUGUGACAAUGGAUACUUCACGUUGGUGUAUUUAUGCCUUUUGUAAUACAUCAUGCCAGAUUGAAUUCAACUAUGGAGAAUGUAUCUCAUUCUAUACCACUCCUGUCCCAAGCAAGCCUGCCAUGAUCCCCAGCAGACCUUGUAAGGGGAAUAAUCAGAACUGUGAGAAAGAGCCUCCUUCUUACUCUAAAGUUAAAGCUGCUUCUUCAUUUACUCCUGGGAGUGAUUGCACUGACCUCAUUCCUCCUAGAAAGGUGAGCAAGCAGCACUGCUGAUACUACAAGCGUAGAAUGAAAAGUGUUUGUUGCUGACAUAUUUGUUCUUGAGAAACAUAUAAUAAAUAGAUAGAUAAUAGUUUGUUUUCACUCCUGGGCCACAAUAAAAUGACAAUAUAAUUUACAAAUGCCUAGUGCUGCUGUACACAUAAAAGGAAAUAUAUAGCUCAGCGUAGCAUUUCACAAAAUAUCAUUAGACACAUUGAUUCAAAUAUCAAACACUUUAGUGUAAAAAUGUUCGAACAUUUACAGCUACUAACAACUCUUCUGGCAAUGUCAAAAAUCUGAAUAGCUCGGUGAUAGAUAAAUAAGAUUUCCCCGACACGGAGAGAGGAAAAUUUGGGAGACGAUGAUGAAAAUUAAUAUACAAAAUGAAUGAAAUAUAUAAUAAUAAUGUAGAGAGCGAAGAGACUUAAAACACCGCCGCUCUGACCCUGGAAACGGGCUGCUAGUAGGACUGACGUCUUUUGGAAUGUUCAUUGACAGCGUUUAGAACGUUCAUUGACAGCUAGUUAAAUAAGAGAAAUACAUUGUUUCUACUGUCUCCGGCUGCUUUAAAAAGGAGUAAAAGUAACUGAAAAUUGAAACUAAUUUGAAACUAAUUUUGGAAUGUUUAAAAGAGGAUACUAUUGACUAUUACAAAUAGAAACUGUUUCCCCCUAGUGGAAGCCUUUGAAACCGGUUGCUUUACAAGAGCUGGACUAGGGGAAUUUCCAGCUGCAAGUUAAAAACCGUGAGACUCUGGGACUGACCUUGAAUCUUUUAAGUGUUAUGGUAAAUGGAAGAGGAAAAACAGACCAGUCAACUGCUGACAAAACAUUAAGGUCUGGGAGGACUUGGUAACAAUCCAGGAGAGGUCUAUCAUUAGGCCCUCCUGCUCCUUCUGUUGCUGUCUUUGUACUAGUAUAUUUAAAACCAAGAGGAAUGUCGACAGAAGAGGCUUUAGUGGCUGCAUUAUAUAAGAUAAAUGACUCAUUGGAUCAGCUUCACAGGAAAAUGGACAUGAUAAAUGCGAAAGUGGAUGUUUCAAUUACUAAAAUUAACUUAAAUACAGAAAGUAUAAAUAAUACCAAUACAGAAACCACCCAGAAAUUGAUACAAGAACCUAUUUUGAUAUGGCAAACUGUGGAGGAAGUCAGGGAAAAAGCUGUUGCUGCUGAAGGUAAAGUAAGACAACUGGAGAGAAAGAGAAAGAGAGCCCCAGCCCUACAGAGGCAAUUUGAUGAACAUAAGUUGAUGCUUGCUAUGACUGAACUUAAAGAAAAACAGACGAAUUUGAGGAUUAGAGUUCACCUUUGGUGGACAUGCCCAAGGAUUAAGACACUGUGGGAGAUGAUUCAUAACGAAAUGAAAAAGAUAUUUAAAUAUACCCUUUUGAAGAAACCAGAGGCCUUUCUCCUGGGCAUGGUCGGCCAAUUGGUGUUAAAGAAGGAUAGAAUUUGUUUCAUGUAUGCAACAAUAGCAGCAAGAAUACUCAUUGUGAAGUACUGGAAGACACAAGAUUUAUCCAUUCAGGAAGAAUGGCAGAUGAAGUUGAUGGACUAUAUGGAAUUGGCGGAAACGACUGGCAGAAAUCCGAGACCAGGGAGAAGAGUUGGUGGAAGAAGACUGGAAAAAGUUUAAGACUAUUUAUAGAAAUACUGUAAAAAUAAUGAAUGUUAGAAAAAUGUUGGAAUGAAGUUAUAUGGCUUUAGUAGAAAUGCUAUAAGGAAUCAAGUAUAAAUAGAUUAAUAGAGUAUUAAAGGGAAAAAUAAGGUUAGAAUAUGUUAAGAUAAUUAUAGGAUAGAAAACAGAGGAAGGUGGAAAGAAAUUGCUGAAAUAAUUAAUAGAAGUGGAAAACAAAAAGGGAGGUGUGAGGAGGUCGUGGAAAUAAGGGAAUGAAAGUUAAGACAUUGAAAUUGUUUUGUGUUUGAAAUGGUUUGUGUCUUGCUUUGUUAGUUUUUUUUUUUACAUUUUUAUUAUUUUUCAUUAAUUAUACAUAUAUACAGUCUAGAUUACAUAAGUUCCAUAUAACAUAGCUGUUACAAGAGUCAUAUAUAUAGUACACAGUUAUUUUAGGCUCCGCCGAGCCUCGGACUUCCCUUCACUUUAUUGGUAAGUAUCAGAUAAUUUCUAAAGUUACGUGUUUUAUCUCCUUUACAUAUUUGCCAAACACUGUUAGAGUUAUUCUAACCCUGCCAGAGUCCUCAAAGUUCUAUACUUAUCUCUUAUAUACGUCAGAUAUUUAUUCCAAUUUUCAUGAAACUUCUGGUCAUCCUGGUCUCUUAGUCUUCCUGUUAUUCUAGCUAGUUCAGCAUAAUUUAUCAUCUUGUUCUGCCAGUCGUCUAUAGUAGGUAUUAAUUCUGUUUUCCAGCUUUGGGCCAACAUAUUUCUAGCGGCCGUUGUGGCAUAUAGAAACAGAUUUUUAUCCUCUUUUUAAUUUCCUUGCCAACUAUUCCUAGCAGGAAAGCUUCAGGCUUUUGGGGAAAAGUAUAUUUAAAAAUCCUUUUAAGCUCAUUGUAGAUCAGUUCCCAAAAGCCUUUUACUUUCCUGCAUGUCCACCACAUGUGAUAGAACUCACCAUCCUCCUCUCCACAUUUCCAGCAUUUCUUAUUCUUCAGUUUGUAAAUCUUAGCCAAUUUCACUGGUGUGAGAUACCUAUGAAUCAUCUUCCAGAGAUUCUCCCUUAAUGCCGUACACGCCGUGAAUUUCAUAUUUACAUUCCACAAUUCUUGCCACUUUACAAAGUCAAUGUUGUAACCAAUGUCUAUGGCCCAUUUUAUCAUAGCCUCCUUCACCUCUUCGUCUUUUGUAUACCAAUCCAGUAAAAGGUCAUACAUCCUAGGUAAUGUUUUGUUUUUGCCUUCAAUAAUUUCCACAUUAAAUUUAGAUUUUUUAUCUUCAAAUCCCAGUUUCUUUUUAUCAUCUUUUAACAGAUCAUUCACUUGAUGGUAUUGCAACCAUCCCGUAGGUACAUUCUUUACCUCCUCAUAGGGCUUGAGUUUUAUGCCCUGAUCAGUUUUAUUGAUAAGUUCUUCAUAGGUGGCUCUUUUCCCUUCCAUAUUAGUUUUUUUGACAGUUAAGACAUCAAUUGGUGAGAUCCACCAUUGAGUUUUCUUUUCCAGCAGGUUCUUAUUUCUUUCCCAUACUUGAAAUAAUGAUCCUCUAAUUAUAUGAUUUAGAAAGCCUCUAUGAACUUUCACCUUUUUGUACCACAGGUACGAGUGCCACCCAUACCUGUUAUCAAAGCCCUCUAAAUCCAAGAUAUCAGUAUUCUCUAGCUUUAUCCAGUCUUUCACCCACGUUAAACAAGCCGCUUCAUAGUAUAGACUCAAAUCUGGUAAAGAAAAACCCCCUCUUUCUUUUUUGUCUACCAAUAUUUUCAUUUUUAUUCGUGGUCUUUUCCCCUGCCAAAUAAAUCCCGCUAAGAUCCUUUGCCAAUCUUUACACAGUUUUAGUCCUUUCAUUACUGGUAUAGUUUGGAACAGAAAUAACAUUCUGGGCAGGACAUUCAUUUUAAUAACCGAGAUCCUCCCUAAGAAGGAAAGUUUCAAUCUCUCCCAGAUUUCUAGGUCUUUCUUGACACCCUUCCAAGUAGCAUCAUAAUUAUCUUUAUAUAAGUUUAUAUUUUUUGCUGUGAUCCACACUCCUAAAUAUUUUACCUUCUUAACAACCGUAAUUCCUAUCCUUUGUUCUAGCUCUGUUAUCUCUUCCUUGGUUAUAUUUUUGUUAUCAUUUUGGUCUUAUUCCUGUUAAGCUUAAAACCUGCCACUUUUCCAAAUUCUUCUAAUUUCUGUAAGGCUUCUUGUAGACUGUUCUUAGGAUCUUCCAAUGUUAAUAUCAAGUCAUCUGCAAAUGCUUUUAUUUUGAAUUCCUUACUUCCUACCUUAAUUCCUUUAACUUCUGGUGUUUUCCUUAACCUUUUAUUAAACACUUCCAACACUGUUAUAAAUAACAAAGGGGAUAAAGGACAACCUUGCCUAGUCCCUUUGGCAAUAUCAAAGGCCUCCGAUAUAUUGUUAUUUAUUAUAAGUUUGGCAUUUUGCUCUUGAUAAAUUGCGUCAAUACCUUUUCUAAAUCCUUCACCAAUUCCCAUCAUUUUAAAAUUUUCCUUCAUGAAACGCCAGGAGACAUUGUCAAAUGCCUUCUUGGCGUCAAUGAAGAUCAGUGCCGCCUGUUUGUCUAUUCUAGUAUCCAAAUACUCAAUGAUAUCUAUCACAUUUCUUACGUUGUCUUUCAAUUGUCUCCCUGGGAGGAAACCCGUUUGGUCUUUAUGGAUUCUUUUAUUUAAGACUUUUUUAAACCUUUCUGCCAGUACGUCUGCGAAUAAUUUAUAGUCGUUAUUUAAUAACGAAAUAGGUCUAUAAUUUUUUACCUCUAAACCAUCUGUGUCUUUUUUAGGGAUUAAGGUAAUAUAUGCUUCUUUCCAGGUGUUUGGAAUUCUCCCUUCUUUUAAUACAUUAUUCAUGACUUCACAUAGCACUGGGGAAAUCUGGUCACUUAAUAUUUUAUAAUAUUUAGCCGAGAUACCAUCUAGCCCCGGCGCUUUUCCUAUUCUCAUUUUUUUUAUUGCUUUCCUAAUUUCUUCCUCUGUAAUUGUCUGGUUUAGAUAUUCUCUUUCUUCAGUCGUGAUCUGUUGCAACUGGUAUUUUUUCAAGUAAUCUUCUGUCUCAUUAUCUAUCUCUUUUUCUCUUUUAUAUAAUUCCUUAUAGUAUUUCUGAAAUAUCUUCUUUAUCUCUUUUGGGUCCUCCACUAUCCUUUCUCCAUCCCUUAUCUUACCUGUCAUGUUUUGUUUUUUCCUCUCUCUUAACUGCCACGCCAGAUAUUUUCCUAUCUUAUUUGCUGAUUCAAAGUUUUAUGUUUUUCUUUUUUUCUUUUUUUUUUCUUUUUUUUGUCUUUCUGUUUUGUUGUGUUUAAACGGUUGAAAAUUAAUAAAUAUUAUUUUUUUAAAAAAGAAAUAUAUAAUAAUAAUGAAAACUUAUUGAGAAAUGAGCCUUAUUCAUCCAGUUUUAGAAUGACCAAAUUAGGGAUGAAAUAUUUACAUUAAUUUAAUGUCAUGUGCAUGCAUUGGUUUGAGUGUAUUGGCGUGAGCACUUCUGCACCUGCACUGCACCAGCCUCCUGGCUGCCUUGCCUCUCUCCCCCUUCUGGAAAGUGGCAGUGGCACUGUUGCUGGGAAUAACUUUGCAGCUGUGCCCCAACAGCGAAGCCCCUUCUGAAAUGGCAGCCAGGAUAUGCCUCCGCUGACCUUCUAAACAUUGGGAUGAAGCUGGUUCAGUACUCACAGAGAAACACGCCAACGUUUAGGGAAGUAUCAAAGCCAAGUGGCACAAUAAUCUUGUAUAGUUGUUGAUGUCGUAAUAUUUUAUUAUUUCUACUUAUAGAAUUUGUUGUACUUUCUAGUCAUGGAAAUAAAUAAAUGAUAUUUGAAAAAAACCAGAGAUUUAACCAGCUGAAAAAGGUGACAGCCCAAGUUAGUACUUACAGCUUCUCCCUGCCAAUAGUAUCAAAGGUUACCUUCAGGUCUAUGAAAGCAAUAGGCAAAUGCUUCUUCCUCACCAACAUAUAUCAGCUGUCUAUUGCCUGAUCUAAAAUCUGUUUCUUCAAGAAAAACAUGGUAUUGCAUAGAAAUAGACAAGACUCAGUGACUUACUGAUUGUGCUGUGUUAUGGUGCAGUAAAUAUACUGAGUUAAGUUGAAUUGACUGAGUACCAAGGCAGAGCAAAUUGUACUGAUUCCUUUUGCGGCUUUCUUUUAUACAUCAACAGUAUCAAGAAUUAUGGAAAUUUGAAAACUGCCAAAUCGCCACUUGCUUAGGUGGAAAACAUAUUAAAGUAUCUGAUGUGCGCUGCCCACCUCAAAAGUCAAAGAUCUGUGUCAACGGAUUGCCACUUGUGAAAAACUACGAUGCAUCAGGCUGUUGUUGGGCUCUGGAGUGUCAAUGUAAGUGAUAAUGGAACAAGGUACUAAUUCCAUUGUUCUAAAGCAAAAGCCAAAAUCUAGGAGGUCAAGUGCUUCAUUCAAUUAUAAAUUAGCAUAAGAUUAACAUUUCUCUCAUACCUAGAUAGGUAGGUAGAAAGAUACAGAGCACACAAGCAUCACAGUGCCCCUUUUAACUCCUGUGAUCUUCUGGCUGUCCAGAAUGGAGAUCACAGAAGCUGCCCCAGCUGAGCUCCUGUGUUACAUUGUGCACGCAGUUGUAGACACUGGGAAGAUUCACACAAGAGCAAAAUGCAGCCUAAAAUAAUAUCAGAACAAGCCCAGUGAAACAUUAGGGAUAACUGAAGCUGCCUUCUGCCAAGUCCAUUGAACCAUCCAGUUCAGUACUGUCUGUGCUGACUGCAGCAGUCCUCCAAGUAUCCAGAUGGAGUCUUUUCCCAACUCUAGCAUAAUAUGUCAAGAGAUUGAACCAGGGAACUUUUGCAUGCACCCAUUAUUGCAACACAAACUUAUCGGCAAUUGUUGCACACCAUCCAUCCAGCUGUGGGAGAAAGUGCUGGGUGAAGAACAAGGGUCCACAUUUACUGCAUCCAUGAGACCCACAGCAGGCCCAGCUGCUACAUUUCCUUGAUCCUUCUGGAGCUGUGCUCUUCAAGCUCCUUGCUAUAGUACAUUUUGAGGCUUUUGUUCUUGUCACUUUGAUUUUAUGUGUUGAUAUAUGUGUGGUGGGACGCGGGUGGCGCUGUGGGUAAAACCUCAGUGCCUAGGACUUGCUGAUCGUAAGGUCGGCGGUUCGAAUCCCCGCGGCGGGGUGAGCUCCCGUCGUUCGGUCCCAGCUGCUGCCCACCUAGCAGUUUGAAAGCACCCCUAAGUGCAAGUAGAUAAAUAGGUACCGCUUUAUAGCGAGAAGGUAACCGGCGUUUCCGUGUGCGGCACUGGUGCUGGCUCGCCAGCUGCAGCUUCGUCAUGCUGGCCACGUGACCUGGAAGUGUCUGCGGACAGCGCCGGCUCCCGGCCUCUUGAGCAAGAUGAGCGCGCAACCCUAGAGUCGGUCACGACUGGCCCAUACGGGCAGGGGUACCUUUACCUUUUUUAUAUGUGUGGUAGGCUAAUGAAUGGAUGGUCUCCAACUUGAAUGGAUGUUUUGACAGGUGGAUUCGACAGCUGUUUGGUUUACCUCUGUGAGCCUGUGGCCUUCUCAUUCUAAUCGUAUGUGUUUGCUCCUUUUAGGUGCUUGCAAUGGAUGGGGAAAUCAACACUAUGUAACAUUUGAUGGAUCCUAUUAUAAUUUCCAUGGGAAUUGCACCUAUCUGCUUAUGAAACCAAUCACACCUGGCUCUCAGAAUUUCUGGAUCUACUUGGACAAUCACUAUUGUGCUGCCACAGAGAGAGCUCUGUGCUCUAUGAGCCUUUUCAUAUUUUACAACCACUCUACAGUCAUUUUGACACGAGGAGUUGAAAACGGAGAAGAAAGCAACCUGGUAAAACAUUGAUCAGAUUCUCUGUGUGUAAACAUAACAUUAUAUGUCCACGUAUCAAACAAAGAUUUCCUGUCCCACCCCCAGCAAUAGUACUUCAGUUUAUGAAGUAGCAUUUUAAAGCUGUGUCCCCCUCACCAGAGUUAGAGCACCAAAUUCACCUCUCUUAAAAAAACAAAGAAGUAGCAAACUGCACAUGGCAGCAGGAGGGCAACCCAUUUUCUAUUAUACAGAGCUGAGAUACAGUGAUCCUGUGGGUGGAUUAGUGCUAGUGUAAAUAUACAUAGUGCUAAGCAUCUCAUAUAUGCGUGUAUCCUUUUCAUCAGCUGGAAAGGUAAUAUAGCUCUUCCUAGGAAGGCUUUUUCACAUGCUAUGUUUGACCUGCUCUGAUUCUUCCAAUUGAUUACUUCUUAAGGUUCUAUAUAACAAUAAAGAAAUCACACCGAGUUUUUCAAAAGAUGGCAUUGACAUCACCAACUCUGGACACUACGUUGUGGUGAAAAUACCUGAAAUGGGCCUUUAUGUCACCUAUACUCGCCUCGCUUUUCAAGUAAACCUGCCUUUCAGCACUUUUUAUAACAAUACUGAAGGGCUAUGUGGUAAGUACUGGCUACAACUAAAGAGUGAAUGCACCAGAUUUAUGUUUAUAGCCUUUUAUUUCUGUCAUUACUUUUGAUUUUAAAUAUUUGUUGGUACUGGAGAGAGGCAGAGGAGAGAGAAAGAAACAGCGUUCCAUACAUAGGAGCCAACUCCUAGGAGCCAAGGUCCCUUCAGUCCCCCAUGCUCUGUCCAUCAGGCAGCUUUGUAUAGGUUCACCAAUUUUUUAUAUGUAGAAGUCCAUAUAUUUGGACUUCUCCCUGCUCCUUUAUUUCUUCUUUCCUCUUGGCUAUAUACGCAGAAGAGACUAUCCAGAGCAUCAAAAGAAGAGGCCCUCUAGUUUACUUUAAAUCAGUAUGCGAAAUUUAGUAUUCCCUGUGUGUCUUUCGCCUUCUUGUCCCUUGGUUACCAGGCUCACAUUAGUUGUUCCAACCCACUGCCAUGCCUUUCCACCCUAUUGCUAUUUGCAUUGGCGGGGAGAGCGGGGGGCAAGCAAUGUUUAUUUCCACAGACUCAAUGGGUAAGCAAUUGCCACUUUCCUUUGUAGAAAGUUUACAGAUGCUUGUGCCUUCCUAGCCUUUGCUUGAAGUGACCUUCUUAUCUUGACCAGGUACGUGCACCAACAAAAAGACAGAUGAUGCAAUGAAAAGGAAUGGCAAGGUUGCAGAUUCUUUCACAGAAAUGGCAAUGGACUGGAAAAUGAUGGACCUCAUCACUAGACAUUGUGAUGCAGGGCAACACUUGGCACCUUUUCAGACUCAAAUGUCACCAUCCAAAAUGGCCGCCUCUGUAGUGCCUCCCCUAUGUAAACUUAUCUGGUAAAGCACACUUUUAAUGAAUGUUAUAUUUAAUGAAUGUUACAUAAACUGAGGUUCCUCCUAAUUGUAUUGAUUUGUUUUGAUCACUUAAAUCCUACCCAGCAACAUUUACUAUUCCCAGGGUAGCCAUCUUAAGAUGGACACCCAAGUGCUGAGGCAAUUAAAUUUGGUUGUUGCUUUUAAGUUUGCUGAAAAAUUAAAAAUAAUAAUAAUAGGUAUGCAUGUUUUCAAGUUUAAUUUUGAAGUAUAAAUACCCAUGUGAACUCCAUUAAAUUGCUGUAGAAAACACUAGCUAAGGAAGGUUAUGCACCAGCUCAAAGUGAGUGUGUGUUGGUAAUGAUGCAAAGCAGGGUUUGCUGUAAUUUUAAUAGACAUGUAUUUUAUGCUGGAUUAUUAGUAUAAGGUAUGGUAGUAUUCAAGUAAGUGUUACUCAUGGUAGACUCGGAAAUUAACAAAGCUGAGUUGACCAAAUCCAUUCAUUUCAGUGAGUCUAGUCUCACCAGUAUUGGGCAAAAUCCAUAGCUGUUCUCUUAAGUCUUACAGUCAGCAAGUUUAGAAUAAUAACAUCCUUAAUUACUUUGUCUCUCUCUUAUUUGGAACACAUUAGUUCACACUGUAAAUAAACUUCAUUUUUUAAAUUAAACAAGGAGCUUUACAGAAUGUCACAAUGCUGUUCCGCCACGGCCGUACUAUGAUGCCUGUGUUGUGGAUGGCUGCUCUUCACCAAAGCAGAACAUGGAAUGUGGAAGUCUCCAGGCCUAUGCAGCCUUGUGUGGGUACCAUGGGAUCUGUGUAGACUGGAGAAGCAAAGCCAACAGGAAGUGUGGUGAGCUGAAUGACAUCCCAGGAGAGGGUUGUUGAUUUUAUUCCUUUUUAUCAGCUGACAUGUCCUUGAUCUGUUAUCUGCUGGCUCUACGAGCCUAAAAUAAGCCCCUCUCAGGAACACAGAGAUCUGAAUUCCCAAAGUAUAAUGUUAGUUUGAAAAGAAGGUCCAAACUGCAGUCUUCUAGUUUAGGGAACUUCAUCCCUAUAAAUCUGUGUCCAAUUGAACAUGAUAUAAAUCAUUAGAUGUAGAAAACCAGCAACUCAGAAAACCUGUAAGGAUUAGAAUAUGAAACAGAUUAUCUUUUGAAGUGGAGAGAGACUGCACUGAGGGCUAUACCAUUUUAGACAGAAGGCUGCAUGACUGAAUGUUCACACUAAAAUAAACAAAUAGCUAAAUAGGGAAAGCUAGGCUUCUUCCUAAUGUACUAGUUUUGUGGAUACAACAAAUUUUUGCAGGGUAGUGUCAGCGACUGACAUUAUUAGGCAGCUGUUGAGGUUCAGUGCCUUGAGUUUAAACCAGAGAUGACCCUUGACUUCUGCAUCACAACAACAGCCACAACAGCCUACCCUCUUUGAGUUGCAGUGAGAUUUAGAAGAUUGGGUCUCUCUCUCUUCUACAGAGAAAAUUGGAUCCCCCCCGACUCAGUACUAUACCAUCAACUGUUGUACUGGUGAAUCCUCUACUUCCUUUCCUCAUCCACUGGGCAGAGGCAGAGGAGCCAACUCCUAGGGGUCUUUGCCCCCAAUAAAAUAUUUGAGGGGGCCAGGCUCCCCCAAAGUUGAUGGGCAUUGCCGUUCAAAUGGUGUGUGUGCACUGCAUCAUGUGAGGAAAUAUAUUUCUAUGAAUUCCUACGUGGACCGAUUUGAUCCACACACCUCAGACAAAUGUAUGCAUUAGAAUGUAAUUUUCAUUCAGAGUUUACACUUCUCUGAAUUUCACAAUACAGUUUUUGUAUUAAAAAAUCAAAAUACAUUCUUAAAUGUGCUUUUUAGGAUAAAAUAGAAAUGUGUUCACUGAGAUAAAAUACAUAUUUAAAUAAGAACAUUUGUUUAAUUAAUGUGGAAAUGGGACAGAUUGGAUUUAUGAAUGAACAAAUGGACCUGAAGCAGAUCAAUGUGUUCAUCCUUAGCAAGUAGCGGCAAGUGUUGUUUGCCACUGCCACGUCCGUUUGCUCAUCCAUACAAGAUUAUGGCUAAUACACAAAGAACUGCCCCCCCCCAAAAAAAACAGUGCAGCAGGACAACCCUGCAUCUAUCAAAAUAUAUGUGAAUGAAACUACCCCACUCAAUCUGCAUGGAUAUUUCACAGAACUCAGAUGCUCUCGGGAUCAAAUCUAUAAGCCAUGUGGAAGAAUGGAAAGGCUCACUUGCAAUAGUGGGUGAGUAAUUGCAAGACAAAUCUUUAUCAAAUGGUGUGUGUGUGUGUGUGUGUGAGAGAGAGAGAGAGAGAGAGAAUAACUGAAUAAUUGCUCAGUGACCUUUCCUUUAUCCUGUUAACACAAUCCUACAGAAAAACCACUGUUGGUGCAAAUCCAGAAGAAGGUGACAUUCCAGGAAUCCUUGUUGAAGGAUGUUUCUGUCUGGAUGGAAUGAUCCAAUUGAAUCACCAUGAUAGUAUCUGUGUUUCUGUCUGUGGUAAGGAAAUUGGGGGAAAUUGGGAAUACAGUUGGCCCAAGAUGCCCAUAUGAGACUACCCGCCCACACCAGCCAUCUAUGCAGCAUAUAGGUUGCAUGCUGGAUUAGUGGAACCUGGAAAGGAUCAGGAAGCAAUGAAGCCAGUACUAUGGAAAGAAAAACUGGGAAAGGAAGUUAGCUAUAUUAGCAUGGAUAAAAUGCCCCCUUAGAACAAUCCUUGGCUGAUGAUAGAGCAAGCAGGAAAAUGUCACAAUUUAGAAAUGUGAGCAAUGCUUUUUUUGGCCGUGGCUCUCUCAUGAUUUUUCAUAUGACAUACAGCCUUUCGGGGUCCUGAUUUGUAUAUGAAUGUGUCUUCAGUGUUGUUAACUUCUUUUCUGAAAUGGUCUGCCUCAUAUUCCAACUGUUUUAACUUGUAGGCUGCACAGGAACUGAUGGACUACUGAGACAGGUAAGGAGGAGUGCAAAAGAUGGGUUCUACAGCUGAUAUACAGCCAGAAUAAUAUUUUGCACUCUACCCACAAGCUAAUACUGCCUAAAAUUGCUGAACACUGGUUCAGAGCAAAUACAAUGCAAGAACCAGCACAAUUGUAUGACAAACUAUCACAGCAUUCUGUGCUUAUUAUGGUUAGCCAAUAUAGUGCAAGAGUUUGUCAUGUACAUUCUAUAGCAGGUUGGGAACUCACAUGUCAUGGUUUCAUAUUAGUUAACUUAUCCAUAGAAGAAUGAGAAAAGUUGGCUCCUUAACGGUGGAUUGAGAAACCAUUGGGUGAAGUUACUGCACAAGUGCAACAGAACUUCCCUUUUCUCUCCUCCCCCUGUGUAUGCCUCUGCACUCCCUCCAAAUCUGCUCUGAGGUAUCACCCAAACCUCUAGAGCAGAUUAAGGCAGAGGUGUACAGGGGAGGAGAAGGAGAGGAAAUUUCACUGCACAAGUGGAAGUUGUUCCACUCAUUCAGUGACUGCGCUAGAUUCAACCCACUAUGCCUUUGUUUGAGGAAGGAAAGUGUACGAAAAGACUAAGAGUAGUUUCAGAACAACCCUACAGUAGACACGCUUUCCCACAGGUCUAUCUAGCCCAGAACUGUCAAUGCUAGCUGGCAUUUGCUCUCCAAGAUUUCAGAUAGGAGUCCAUCCCAGUCUUACCAAAGCAUGUACCCUGCCCCUGAGCUGUGGUCUUUCCCCAUCAAAAACUCAGCCCCAGAAUGAUUAAUUACUCUGAUCAACAUUUUUUUUCUUUUUUCCCUUUUUUGAACAUUUAUUAUACAGCCAGGAGAGAGGUGGGAAAAAGAUUGUCAGGUCUGCACCUGUAGCAAGGACACACUGGAUAUUUCUUGUUCCCCCCACAUUUGUGCAAGAUCUCCGCCAAUCACUUGCACAAAGGAAGGAUUUGUACCUAUAGUGCGGAUACAGCCAGAAGAUCCCUGCUGCACAGAGAUAGUGUGUGGUAAGCAAGUACUUCAGUAAGAUAGAUAGAUAGAUAGAUAGAUAGAAUUUUUAUUAGAUUUUUUGUUUUACAGUUUUAAAUACUCAUUUAAACAUCCUUAAAAUAUGAAUGACUUCCCUUCUUCUCUUUCCAUGGUUCAUUUUGUAUACCAUAAAUCCCUGCAUAUUUUACAUAAACUAAAUCAUUCACUAUUCCAUUAUUACAUCCAUCAAAACUUAUUUACACGGUUGAAUUUAUCUUAAUGCUGCCAGCGUUAUCAAGUGUACACAGUUGCCCCCCAUAUAUUCACAAUAAACAUUGCCCAAUCUUCUUUAAAUGUAUGUUCUUCUUGUUCUCUUAUUUACUUCAGUAAGUUUUAGGGAUGCAUUUACUAAUGCAGAACAAAGACUCUAUGUUUUCUGGAAUAAUGUAUAGAGAAUGCAUGCUGUCCUCACUGCACCAGUUCUGCAUGAGUAAUCCAGAACAUUUUGUUCAAAAAUAUUCAUCACCACCAGCUAGUGUGGUGCAUUGGUUAGAGUGCUGGACAAGGACUUGGGAGACCUGGGUUCAGUUUCCCACUCAGCCAUGAAGUUCAUUCUCAGCCUUGCCUAUCUAACAGGGUUGUGUAGAGAAAGAACCAUGUAUGCCACCUUGAGCUCAGGGGGUGGGGUAUAAACGUUAUAGGUGAAUACUGUUUUAAAAAGCAGUAGUAGAUUGUUGCCAGCCCAUGAAGAAUAGAGGGUUUCUCUACCUACAACAUUAUCAAAAUGCAAGAAAAAGUGAAUGCCUCAUAUUUUAUGUUUCUUCAUUCACAGAAUGUAAUGAAAGGUCGUGUCCUCUAACCAAACAGAUAUGCAGUCCAGGCUUCCAAAUUGUAGCAACCGCUUCUGAUGGUGCCUGUUGUCCCAUUCAUGUCUGUAGUAAGUACUAAAUUCACAUACGUGUCAUUUUUGGAGUGGAAGCACAGUUAAGCAACAUACACACUAACCUAGCUGUAUCAGGAAAAUAUAGGUCCACACACCCCAGUCUGGAAUCAUUCAUGCUCAUCCUGUACAUGCUGCUUUAAAUCUAGAUUGCUUUUACAUAAUGCCAUCCAAGGAGGUAGGAGUUGUUACUUGGUAUGUGUUUGAAAACCCUCCCCUUGAGUGGCUUUUUCUACCUCUACAUACCCUGGGUAAAUGAAAAGGGAUCAUGGUGUACACUCAUCCACCUUAUUAUUAUUAGGCAGGUGUGGAUACUAACACCUACACCUGUUUUCAAAUGGGCACCCUAUGGGGAAAUGCAGAAUCAAUCUGCAAUGAGCUUUUAUUUUUGGAAUGAAACUAGUUUCUGAAGAAGCACUCUUCUGGGGCAAAAUAUACGCAAUAGAUCUAGACUGAGUGUUGACCACGUUGAAAAAACGUGCUCACUCUCCAUUGAUUCUAGAAUAACGUGCUAUCUGUGUACGUGUGCAGCCUUAGUCACAAAAUGCUAAAAACACAUUUGGCAGGGGGAUAUUAUGUGUAUUUUCACUAUCUGGAUCAAAAUGCUUUGUUACUAAUUUGUGAGUGAUUCUUCUCUACAACUAAUAUAGUAGAAAAAGGAGAAAAGAACCCAGGAAACCCAUAGGAGAGAAGUCAAGAAAAUCUCAGCAUUUCUGAGCAUUAUUUUUCUUUUACUUACAGAACCAAAAAAUGUUUGUGUAUCUAAAGGAAUUGAGUAUCAGGUAAGGUCUGUUGCUUGCUUUAAUUUACUGCUAUGAUAUUCCUUUAGCUCAGGGGUGGGAGAACUUUUUAACCUAAAGGGUGGGCUCCUUUAAAACUGCUUUUUAAAAUAUGCAAAUGAAAUUUGAAAUUUAAUAUAGUGUCUUCUUUGGCCUUGAAAAUCUAAUAAUUAUUUUAAUGCUAGCUGUUAGUCUUUGAGUUAUAUCCAGCUAUUCUGAAUAGACCCAUUGAAAGCAGUGGAUUUAGAACUAAAGUCCAUUGAUUUCAAUGGGUCUAGUUUGAGUAUGACAUAGUUAAAUACACCCUUUCACUAAUCCCAUGUUGCUUAAUAGCAUUUCUGUGUUAAUAUGCUGGAUUUACUUACCAGAUUCUUCCCCUUCUGCUUUACCAUCUCUCAUUUAAGCCUGGAUCAGUGGUACCUUCAGACUCUUGUGAGGAAUGCUUCUGCACUGCAACACAGGAUCCUAAAACCCAAACCAAUAAAAUCAAGUGCACUCCAAUUAAUUGUUCUACUGAAUGCCAACAGGUAGGUAGACACAUUGAUGACUAACUUCUCCUCUGUUGCUGACUCAGCUUACCUUGCCAUUGUUAUUGUGGUUAGACAAAUGUAGUGAACAGCAGCUGUUUGGAAAAUGGCUUCCCUACUACACUAGUUAACAACAACAACAAUUCCAGAGGGAAGCACUGGGAGAAAGCUUCCAUAAAAGCUUGCUUUUCCACAAAGAGAAAAGCAGAAGAUCUGAUGAAUCUUAUGUACAUUAUGGGCAAAGCACCUUGAAGAUGAUCUAUCACUGCAUAUAACAGACUAACACAUGUUGGUUCCAAAAGAUGGGGGUUAAGAAAAAUAACACCAGAAUGGAAACUUAGGGGAGAGCUGUGAUGUCUACCAUUAACACCAGCUAGUUAAUAAAAAUGCUAGAUAAUGAUCAUGUUUGGUUCAGAUACUAAGCCUGAUAUUUCUUGAGCUAGACAGAAUAGGAAGCCUGAAGGACAAUUCUGUGGAUUAAAGUAGUUUCUGGGCUUCCAUUCAAAACUCCAGAUUCCACCACAAACUGGGAAGUCCAUCAGAAUCUGAAGUAGGGGUUGCCCAAAAUCUAAAAAUCACUUGCAAAAAUGUGAACGUUAGUCAAAACUGCAUAGAAAAAUGUGUUUAUAAGGAGAAAUGCUGGUGAAUUUCCAUGAGGAUUUUCUUUAUAAUGCAAAAUGUGGACCAUUGAAUUUAAGACUGGAAAAAUGAGAAACUGGGGGAAUUGAAAUUGGCAGCUCCUUCUAUCCCUUCCACCAGCAUCUUUUCAUCCUCAGGGGUUCCACUAUAUCCAGAAAGAAGGAAAAUGCUGUGGUGAAUGUGUGCAGACAGCAUGUGUGACAAAGCUUUCACCUGGGAUAGUGGCCAUUGAGGUAUGUGUUUACCUUCUUUAUGAGUAAUUGUUUUGUUGUGACCAUCUUACUCAGUUAGCUCAAAAACACAAUUUUAAGGAGACUUCUCUUUGAAAACUGAGAAUGCUUCAUGUGUAACAAUGGAAUAUAAUGCCUUCAUGAAAUUAGAUUUUAGCAAUAGUGAGAUACUUCUACACAAAAUGCAGGUAUUGAAGAAAACAACUUUUCAUACAGAUAGGACAGGCACUAAGGAAGAAAGAUUUGCAGCUGACAUAAGUUCACCCAGGAUGUCUGUGGGAAAGGAGGGGAUUUGAAUUGACCCUCCUGAUCUUCAGAUCAGGAGAGAAACCACCAGUGAAUGCCUUGGUUAAAACAUAACUUCCUAUUCUAUUUCUGUAUCAAGCCAAACUAGGCAUUGCACCAUUCAUGUAAUUAACACUUGCGUGAGGGGCUUUUACAAAAUAAAAUGUAGGAAAAUCUAGAUGAAGAUCAGCUCUUUUGCUCAAUAGCACCUAUUUCUGGAUAUUAUUUUCUACUACAGGUUGGGAAGACCUACAAGGAUCCACAGGAUAACUGUACUCAGUAUCUAUGCACCAGGGUAUCAGAUCAAUUUAUAUUGAGUACCACAAUAAUAUCCUGCCCAGUGUUUGAUCGAUCAAAUUGUGUCCCAGUGAGUAUUAUUAUAGCAGUGCUUGCUUUUAUCAAUUCAACUCACAUUUCUUAUUAUUAACCCUAUGUUGAAAACCCAUUUGGCUUCCAGAGCCAGACGGAAGGAGGCUGGCUGGAUUGUGUUUGGGGAUCUAUGUCACUAAAUCACUAAAAGAUAGCUCAGUUAGCUCAAAUAGCUCAGUCGGUUAGAGCAUGGUGCUCAUAAUGUCAAGGCUGCUGGGACAGCUUCAUAUUCUUGAAUAUUGACCUCAGAUUAUGAUUGGUUGUGAGUGAAAUAAACCAUCAUCGCUGGUUAGCCUUCCAGAGUUAGCUGCGAGGAUCAGGAAGGAACAAAGCAGGUAAAAAAUUGAUUGAUUCAAAGUUUUAUAAUCUGUACAUAAAGGAGGAAAAGGAGUAACGUGCAAAAAAAGAAAUAUUAAGGUGUGAAGCACUAAUAUUAUAAUGUGACAUAUUCUCAUGUUUCUUUUCAAAAUAGGCAACUAUUCAAACUGCUGCUGAUGGAUGCUGUGAGAUAUGUGAGUAUGUUCUUUACAACAGUUCAUGAAUGAAAGCAAAAGAGCUUUUAUAAAUUCCCAGUUUGCACAUAACCAGUGCUUUUUUCCCUGAGGGUACGCAGGGGUAUGCCUACCCCUAAACAUUUUAUGAAUCUUUGUACUUUUGUCCAUCUACUUUAUUUAUUUUUCCGUUUUGAACUAUAAAAUUGUGAUUUUUUUUGAGUCAAAAUGAGAGUACACCUAAACAUUUUUUAAGAAAAAAAGCACUGCACAUAACUGUCAGGAACUGGCUGGAUGAGGAAUAGUGGGGGGGGGGCUGCCCUUCCAAGAGCCCCCCAGGGAUGACACAGAGGAAAGAGACUUGAGCCCAGGACAUUCGUGGUGGGACAUGGAGGACCAGUCUGCAGAAGGGGCAAGCUGGGAGGUGAUCGAAGCAGGAGGUUUGAGUGAACAUGGAGAGUCAGAAGAAGAAAGCCAUUCCAGGACAGGGCUGGGCACCGUGAGCUCAGACUUACAGCAAGGAGCCGGAUACUGCCUCUGUUGCUCAGCAGUCCUGCUCCAGCAAGCUCUCCUCCUCCACUGACACUCAGAUCAUGAAGAGUCCUGCCCAUUGCUGAGCAACGGGCCAGACAGGCCCAGAGUGGAAUCCCUCUCCCUUGCUGCAGUCUAUGGCUACUUGAGAGGAGUCCAGAGUAAGGGAAGGGGGGCCAGAUGCCAGUUCCAGCAAUGUCUUCAACUAGGAGAGACUAGCCUAGAUGAACUUGGUUGUGCUCUUACUUUUGUGAAUAAAAGCUAUUUGCAUUUCACGUCUUGAGUCCUUUUCCUGACCUGUGGAAGUACCUGCAGUCUCCUGACAUCCCCUUGACAAUAACACAAAACCAAACCACAAAACCACAAUGGAAUACCAGUAAAAAUCCAUUUCUCUAAUCUGUUUUCUGUGAUGUCAGCUGAUUAAUAAUAAUAGCAUUAGAGCAAAAAGAAGAGCUAUCUAAAGUUCUUCAAAGGGGCCUGUUAAAUCUAGGGCAGGAGAAAAUAUUUGAUUCAGUUUGCGUUUAAAGCUGAAUAUAUCAAAAUUGCACUUUCCAUAACAAUAUGAGAACCAAAACAAAAAUCUGAAUUUUACAAUGUAGCCCUGCAACCAAACAAUGUCUACAGAAAUGCAUAUAUUAGGGGAGUGUGUGUGGAAUGAGCAGCUACAUUUGAAAUGAUAGAUAAAACUGCUUUUAAGUUCAAAGCUGCUGGUUCCUGAUAGUUUAAGUUCCAAUCAGGUAAAGUUAUUUGAGGAUUUUUGUUUCCCUUUCAUUUUCAGGUACCCCCUUGUCACAUAAUUGUACAAUUAACCUGAAGAGGCAAUUCAUUGUUUAUAAGAAUUGUAAAUCAGCCAGGCCUAUCAACGUUCCUUCCUGUGGAGGAUCCUGCAACACCUACUCUGUGUAAGUAAAAGAUUGCUCCACCUGUCUCAGUCAACUUGACUUCUACAGCACAACACAGACACAGCAUUCACUUUUUGUGCCUCUUUGCUUACCAUUUUCUGGAAAUGAGCCUGGAGCACGAAUAUACCUCAGUUUUUGCCACUGCCACCCUCUGUAAAAUAGCAAAUAAUAGUUGCACUAUUAAGUCACCCUGGACUUGUAACAAGUAGGUGAGUUUAAUAUUUGCCCACUUUGCACACACAGUUAUGUUGUUACCAUAUGGUUGCUUCACUACACACGCAGAGACUUUCAACAUUUUAUCAUUUUACUGCAAGAUUUAUGGAAAAAUAAGGUGAGCCAAUGGCACAACUGCUUUAGAAUGUGCACAUGGUCUCUAUGGGUCAACCUGUCUGGCAUGUUGCCACGAGUCCAAGAUAAUACAAAUUAACUGGCCGUCAAAUUAUUCUCCAAAGGCUGGUUUUUGGUAUAAUGACACAAUCACUUGACUGGAUGUUCCAAUAAAUUAAACAAGAAUGUGUUAUUUUCCCCAGUGAAAAGUAGUGCUAACAUGUUCCUUAUUUUCCAAGGGUGUUACGCCAAAAGAAUAGGCACUGAGAGGCCUUUAGCAAGUUCUUCUAACAGCCUGUAAAUUUAGUCCACAGGGGUAGGACCCCCAAAGUUUGGAUAGUAUCUAAGCAGCUUGAGCAAGACCUAGGUUAAGAUUUCAGAAGCAGACAGGUGUUGAAUAUAGCCGAAAGCUUCUGAUAAUCAGGACUCAAACUGUCACACUGUACAAAAGCACUGAAUGUUGUGAUCUACAUGGGUAUUUCUCCUUUGUGAGAGACACAUGUAUAUACCCAGUGUCUAUUUAUAGAUCAGGCUACAACCUGUCAAGAACUCAGUGGGACUCUGCAAUUCCUCUUUCUGUUUUUUCCCUGUUGUUUUGGUAGAGCUGGACAGCAGGAGAAGCAGCAUGCACCCCUCUAUUAGCAAUGGAAGCAGAUAUCUGCUAGGAAACCUUGCUGCUGCCUUUUUCUGCUGAUAGUGACACAAUUUAUGAGUUUUACAAGCCACAGUCAAAGAAAGUUAACAUUGUGCACAGAUCUGGGGGGACAACAGAAGCGGGAAGCAGAAGCAGAGUUUCCCAGAGAUCUAAAAUCACACAGUCUCCAUCCUUUUUCCUUCAAUGUUUUUAGCAUGGAACACUGGUGGGGAGGGAAGAAAGUGGAGCAUAAUGGCCUAAACCAACUUUCACCCUCCAGAUAUUUUGGACUAUAAUCCCCACCAAUCAGCAUGUUGUCCAAUAUUGCACCAUAUUGAUGAAGGCCGGGCUAAACCAAAAACACAGACCAGUGCACUUAGUUAAUGAAUAAAUGCUAGAAAACUAUUUCUUGACUUGACAUCACUGGCCGCUUUUCGUGUAAAGAGGAACAUCAGUCAAAACGUUUCACCUGUGCUUUCUCCCCCAGAUAUUCCUUUGACACUCACAAAAUGAAGCAUGGAUGCACAUGUUGCCAUGCCACAAAAUACCAUAAAGUGAGAGUGGAACUGGUUUGCAGCAAAAGGAGGCAUAUGAAAUACACAUAUCUUCAUGUAGAUGAGUGUAGCUGUGUGGAAACUAAAUGCCCAACAUAGAAAUGUGAACCAAAAAAUGUUGGUGAAAUGUUUUGUCUUUAUUUGAAUAAUUCAUUUUUAAAAAAUGCUUCAAGCAGUUGUGUGCAAUUGUGUGUGUGUGUGUGUGUGUGUGUGUGUGCAUGCAUUCACAUAUCCAUUUUUAUUCCUGUAAUAAGAGAUGUUUAGGAUUUUUUUACAAGGUGAUUCAUCCCUGUAAUCAUGUUUCUUAUUCCAAUUGCUACAGGAAAUUGAAUGACAAAGAACAAUGUUGA